AUGUACAGACCAGGAGAGAAAGUGAAACGCCGGAUGCGUAUGCAUGGUCCCAGCAUAAGAAGUGUUGAAGUUGCUAGAGGAAGAGCUGGAUAUGGAUUUACCCUUUCUGGCCAGGCUCCCUGUGUUCUUAGUUGCGUUUUAAAAGGUAGUCCUGCUGAUUAUGUGGGACUUAAAGCAGGAGACAAAAUAUUUGCUAUAAAUGAAAUCAAUGUGAAAAAGGCAUCCCAUGAAGAUGUGGUGAAGCUAAUAGGCAAAUGCUCUGGGGUUUUACACAUGGUCAUUGCUGAAGGGGUUGGCCACGCAGACUCUGGCUCAAGCGAUGAAGAAGUUGGGUUUUGUGAUGGGAAGGGGUGGCUGAAGCCAAAGCCCGAUUCCAAAGGACUGGGUAUAAACAGAGCAGAGAAGGUUGUAGAAGAAAUGCAAUCUGGUGGAAUUUUCAACAUGAUCUUUGAAAAUCCUAACAUUUCUGCUGGUAAUCUGCAGACGACAACCAGAAAGCAAAUGCUGGUCCAUGAAACUGCUCUUGUUAAAUUAGAAGUAGGACCUGAAAAUAACAACCCAGAUAUUCCCUGUAAUGAGGAACUGCCCAAAGCCUUGAAUGAUGAAUCAGUUUUUAGAACUGGAGUGGAAAACCAGGAAUAUUUUGGAUUAGAUGCAAGUAUUUUAAAUGUAGCAAUGGUUGUAGGCUACCUAGGAUCAAUUGAACUUCCAUCUUCAAGUUCAAAUCUGGAAUAUGAUAGUUUGCAGGCUAUUCGUGGAUGUAUGCGACGUCUUCGAGCAGAACAAAAAAUCCAUUCAUUGGUUAUAAUGAAGAUUAUGCAUGACUCUAUUCAACUCUGCAAUAAUAAAUCUGGUGUGAUUGCAGAAUAUCCUGCAGAGAAGCUGGCAUUUAGUGCUGUAUGCCCUGAUGACAGAAGAUUCUUUGGGUUAGUUACCAUGCAAACCAUUGAUGAUGGAAGUUUGGCUCAGGAAGAUGAAGCAGUUUUGAGGACCUCAUGCCAUGUGUUUAUGGUGGAUCCAGAGCUUUUUCACCAUAAAAUUCACCAGGGCAUUGCACGACGUUUUGGAUUGGAAUGCACAGCAGAUCCAGACACUAAUGGCUGCCUAGAAUUUCCAGUGUCAUCUCUCCCUGUUCUUCAAUUUGUCUCUGUUUUGUACAGGGAUAUGGGAGAAUUGAUUGAGGGAGUUCGGGCAAGGGCCUUUCUUGAUGGAGAUGCAGAUGGUCAACAGAAUAACAGUAUGAGCAGUAAUAGUGAUAGUGGUAUUGGAAAUUUUAACCAAGAAGAGAAAAGUAAUAGAGUUUUGGUAGUUGAACUAGGAGCUAACUCAAGUAAACAUGUUCUUAAUAGUGCACAAGACAGUGCAGUAGGUAGAAGUCAGGCUAUUUCCCAUUGGGCAUUUGGUCAUGAACAAGAAGGAAACUCUGCAUUAGAAGCAAUGUUUCAGAAUGAUAAAUCUCAAAAUGUAAGUAAAUUCUUAGCUCCUUCAGCUCGCACUGAGGUUCCACUAGUUCCUCCCCAAAGCUCAGUUACAUCAUGCAAGAAAAAUUCUGUGAACAUUUCCAAUCAAAGAUGGUUGCCGGUUCAUGUAUUAAAAGAUUGGCAACAUGGAUGUGUAAGUGACCAAGAGUCAUACACAGAUUCUACAGACGGUUGGUCAAGUGUCAACUGUGGUACUCUUCCUCCUCCCAUGAGUAAGAUUCCUGCUGACAGAUACAGAGUUAAUGGCAGCUUUGGGCAGCCUCAUCUAAUGUCUCAAAAUAAUGAAUUGACUAAAAAAGGGUUUCAUAUACAAAACACAUUUGACUCUCAACACAAUGUCAGAAAGGCCAAAGAAGAUAAAAAGGUAAGAAUGUUCGUGUAACACUUGUUAGAAAAUGCUUUGAAAUUGCAGUCAUUUUGCCCAUUAAUUGGAAAGCAGUGCUGUUAGAGAAUGGGGGGAAUAUAAUAAAGGAGCUGCUGUCUUCUGUUCUUUCCCCCUUGUCUGUAAUUAUUAUCAGUACCAUGCAAAAGAAAUUGUACUUACAGAUAAUAGGAAUGUUGAAUAAUAAUAUUGCACUGCAUCUGUAGGGUGGAGGAUUGGAAUGUGAUUUAUGAGCAGCAAAGAAUUUUUAGUGUCACCCAUGGAAAAUUAGACAUAAUAAGUCUGUUCUUUAAUUUCUUUGUAGUACUGUAUUUGCCCGCACUAUAUCAAAUGGUCAAAGUUUUGGGGUUUAUAUGUAUAAUUAAACCAUGUAACGUGCAAACCUCUUGUGAGAUGAAACUAGAAAACCUCUGUAAAAUAUGCUUGCAAAAGAACUUGGGCUGGUACAAUGGAGCUGAUCUUUUCAUAACAAUUAAAUCAACUCCAGGUGUUGCACACAGAUGCAGAAUGAUAAGACUGCACAAAAUACAUUGAAAGAAUGUAUGGGCAGCAACUUUAUUAAACCAUUAAAGAAUGUGCAACAGGGUAAACUUGGAAGUUUUCAAUACAGACCGAAAAAUGGCAUUGUAAAGGCUAUUGAGUGAUUGGGGCAGAGUUAGAAGUAUGCAUACGCCACCCCAGCUCAGGGCCUAUGAGCCCAUAUGGUUUUCAGUCGUUGCAGCUAACCUGUUCAACGUGUGAUCUGGGAGGCUUUAUAAAGGCCUCAUUUUUCAGCCUUCUAAGCUUUGGGUAGGUGAUGUGGCCAUUCCACAAGAGAAUUUCUGUCCCUGUUCUUCCAAGCGGAGUAGCACCAAGAGACGGGUCUGAGGAAAGGAUGCCCUGCAGUGUUCCCCUCUCUAAUCCUGUGCCAUAACUGUCACCUGAAAGAUAUUCACGACCAUUCCAGGAAUGCUGCUGUGGUGGGGAAUAUGUAGCAUCCACUACUACCAGGUUCCACCUCAAGUCCUAUUAACCUUUUCCCUGGCUCUGGCAAUGCACUUUGGGUGCUUGGCACAUCUCAGAACCAUCCUUUUCAACAUAGCAGUCAACCAGCCAUCUCAGUCUAGAUAUUCUUUAAUCUGUUGGCAAUAGGAUUUGCCAGUUCUCACCCCCAAGUCAUUUGCACCUGAGCGAACCAAAAGAUUUUGAGAAAGUGGGAAGGCCUUCAAGUAAUGAAAGAGGACAGGAAGCAGGCGACCUCACAACAUGCUUCUUACUUUGCGCCCGUCUGUCUUGUUAAUUGAGCAUAUGCCAUACUGUGAUCCAGGAAGAGCUCCCAGAAUGACUUGCCCCACAAAGUUCCUGUAGCCCCACAAAAUAAUUUGUUUGGGGGCAUUAGGCUCAUAUGUUUAAACCUCUAAUAAAAUAUUAAGUACUGAGGUGCAGAGUCAGACCAGCCCACAAUUAGAAAAAUAAACAGUCAAAUUUGACAUAUGGACAGGGAAGGGACCUGUGCUGCCUACCAACACAAAUGAAAAACAAAACAAAAGAACACCUGGCCUUGAACCCAUUGUGUCAGCAAGAUUUACUGCUGGCCUAUUACCCACUAAAAUAAAGCGUCUCGCACUGUUAACAUUCCUAAAUGCCUGAAAUUGCCACCUGCUAACCAUUUGAAUUAAAGGAGUGCCAGAUAUCCCCCUUUCAUGGGACUAUUCGUCUCCUUCAAAAUUAGGGGCAGGAUAUUCAGCAACUUUCAUGGCAGCAGGCAAAUUUUAAGAUUUUGCGGGGAGGAGUCUUGCCUUUAAAUAUGAGAUGGCUCAUAGUUUUUCUUGCAUUUUAAAAAAUCUUGGACAGAAUGCCCUGGAAAGGAUACUACAUUAUGAUAUAAUGCCCUUCCCAAGGACAUCUUGGAAAGGGAUCAAAGCUGACUGCCAGAAACUGCCAACUGAAUGAAGCAGCAGUAAUUUUUUUUUUUUUAAGUCCUUGCUUCUUACUUAAAGUUAAAACACACACACACCCCAUUCUUUAAAAUUGCCUGCGAUCUUUGGUGGUAUUUGUCCUCCCCAACCCCCCACCCCAAAUAACAAUCAAAAUUGGAAAGGACCAGGAUAGCUCAGUUGUUAGAGCAUGAGAUGCUUAAUCCCAGGGUUGUGGGUUCAAGCCCCACGGUCGGUGAAAGAUUCCUGCAUUGCAGGGAGUUGGACUAGAGGACCCUUGUGGUCCCUUCCAAGCCGAUGAUUCUAUGGAAAUUUAGCUUCAGUACAGCAAAAAUUUGAAUGAUAUGGUAAUAAGUGUCCAAGAAUGUAAGCAUGUAUUUUGCUCCAAUCAUAAGCCUACAGGGAGGUCAAUAUUGCUAAAAACAAUUAUAAUUCAGAACUGGUUUCACAUCAAAGGCACUGCGCCAGCAUUCCUGAAAAGAGGUGCUGGAAUAUUGCCCUCAGGUCUUCAUGCCUAUAUCUUGCUGCAAUUGCACAGAAGCCGUGGACAGCAGUUAAGGCCAGAAAAAAUAGAUGUUCCGCUCUCCUGUUCCAUCUUCGAGAACUGUAGUUUCAUAGAGACAGCCUUCUCAUGAACAGCCAGAUCCCAAAAAUCAUGUCAUCUGCCAAAACUGUUGAAUCCAGAAUGAACCAGAAGCUUUCUAAUACAGAAGGAUCCAGUAUGUUCUAACUGCAGCUGCCUGAAAAAGAUAAAGAACAAAUAUUUAAAAGGCAAGUGUUGCCAAGAACAGGUCCAGAGAAACAGGACUCCAACUAUUAAAGCUCUAAAGGCCAAUGCUUAUAGGAACAGUCCUAGGUAUGGUUGCAUCAAGUGUCUUACAAAUAUUAGAAAACUUAAGGAAUUAGCAAAAUGCCCUAGCAUAAACUGCCCUAGUAAGAGGAGCCAAAUAUGGAAUGCCUGGCUCUCAUUGCGCAGGCAGUUCCACCAAAACUCCAGUGUCCCAUACUCUGUGCUCUCUGCACCGGCAACUUUGGCACCCUGUGUUGCAUAUGACAUAUGUCUCAGAUGAACUUACAGUUCACACAGCAUAUUGUCUGGGUACAUAUUGUUUCUCUGUGCCAAUAAUCUCAGUUCCUAACUCGAGUCCUAGCACCAAGCACAUGCUGUAUAGAUUUGUUACUGCUCCAGAUGUCCUUACUAUGCAGCUCCAAUUCUGGGCUAGAGUACCUUCACAAAGACAAUUUGGGUAUAUUAUAUUAUAUUUAUUUUUGUUGUUGUUGUUGUUUCUAUACUGCCCUUCAUCCGAGGAUCACAUUCUUAUUAUUAUUGGCACUGUUAUUUUAUUACUUAUUAUAUUUCAUCCAAAGAUCACAGGGCAGUUCAAAGCAUAAAAAUACAAAAUGAGAAUAUGAAAUACAUAAUAAAAGAAAAGCAUACCAAUAACAUCCCUCCCACAAACAUAUUUAAAAGGCCAUAGAAUGUUAAUCAGCCAAAGCCUGGUAAUCAAGAAACAUUUUUGCCAGGUACCUAAAGACAUGUAAUGAAAGCACCAGGCAAGCCUCCCGCAAAUGGAGAGCCACUGCAGAAAAGACCUUUUCUUGUGUUGCCAUCCUCUGGACCUCUCAUGGAGGAGACACAUGAAGAAUUAUUGUUUUAUUAAAUUUGUAUACCAUCCUUUACCACCCCUUUGAAUCUACAGAAGAUUGAGGAAUCUGUGCACAAGGCACACAAUGUGGGGACUUUAUCUCUUUUGUUGGCACUACUGCUGCUUGCCACCAACUGGAGGCACUCUGUACAUUACCCAACAGGGAGUAUACACCAGCUGCUGACCACCUUUUUUGAGCACAGAGAACUCUAAGGUUUCUUUGCUCACUAAGGUUACUACCAGUUCCAGAGGUGUCCCUCACAUUGUAUUGCCUCUACAUCCCAUGGUGAAGCAAUAUUCAUACCACUACAGAACAGUUGGUUGCACCCUCCUUCCUCUCUAUAGCAUCUCCCUUAUUUAGUUCACCUUCAAGUGAACUCCAUGAGUGAACCUUUACACAAUAUUUGUACCUAGUCAUCUAACUUUGUCAGUGUCUGUCUCCAUAAACAUACGUACUGAGGAAUGCAUCACUGUUCUCUUGAUUUAACACAGCUUGCAUCCUGUUGACUGUCUGAGUGUGUACACCAUCGGGCAGGAGCUUCCUUCUGCCUCAUGCAUUAGUAGGAGUGGAGGGACCAGUCCUAUGAAUUAGAACAGAUUAUUGUUAUGUCUUACCUAUAUAGACAAUUUGACACUGGCUGUUAGGGACUAUGUACACCUGCACACACUGCAUGAAAAUCAUUCACCUUAUUACACAUAUGUUGGGAGUAUGCCCUGCAUAUGUCCCUUAAUAGAUGUACCUGGCUAGCUGUCUUAUGGUACCUGUCAUGCACCCCAGCUUCCCUGGAUCCUAGACUAUGAAAGGAAGGAUGAUUCAGCUAAAACAAUGUGUUUCCUUUCUGUUCACCCACCCUUAGUCUCACACUGCUUCCAGGUGAAAGAUUUUAUUUCCAUCACUGCAUUCAGACACUGAUCCAAAGCUUUCACAGCCUCUCCUGAUUCAGAUGUUAUGGAGAAGUAAAGCUGUGUAUCAUCAGUGUAUUGGUGACAUCUUCCUCCAAAACUCCAAAUGAUCAUUCCCAGUGGCUUCAUAUAGAUAUUAAAUAGCACUGGGGAGAGAAUAAUGACUUGCGAAAUACUCACCCAGAGCAUAUGAAGUACAGGGGAAUCCCCACUUACACAGGGAUUCAGUUCCCGCACACUGCAUGUGUCACUGGGAUGCGCACAAGUGUGAAUUCCUCCAUUCCGCCCCUCCCCCUUUCAGCACUGAAAACACAUGUGUCAGCAGGAGCACACAUGCUGAUCACAUGCGAGUGGGGAGACACCUGUAGUGCAAUCCUUUGAAAAGCAGAGGAGGAAGUAAUAUUUAGCAGAUUAUUCAGUAUAUUAUUUUCAUUGAUACAGAAUUCCCAAGGAGAGGGUGUAUUUAUAUACAGUGGUACCUGGGGUUACAUACGCUUCAGGUUACAUACGAUUCAGGUUACAGACUCCGCUAACCCAGAAAUAGUACCUCGGGUUAAGAACUUUGCUUCAGGAUGAGAACAGAAAUCGUGCUCUAGUGGUGCGGCAGCAGCGGGAGGCCCCAUUAGCUAAAGUGGUGCUUCAGGUUAAGAACAGUUUCAGGUUAAAUACAGACCUCUGGAACGAAUUAAGUACUUAACCCGAGGUACCACUGUAUAUUCAUAGGGGAAGCUUUUGCAGCCAGAACCUGCAGAUUGUCUUCUUUGGGCUGCAUGUUAGUGAUGGGUAAGUUCAGAGACAAACAUGGAUAGGCGUAAAGCCAGAGCCAAAAGUGGGCAGGGCAGCAGAUAUGACUCUUAUCGUUGUACAGUAGACUACAAACCAGUCAUGCAAAAGUCAGCAGUUUCUACAUGCAUGUCCAUGCGCGUGCGCGCACGCGCGCACACACACAAACACACACACACACCUCUUUAUUCUGCAAACAAGAGGCAUUAUCACAGUUCAAGAGCACAUUCCAGCCAGGUUAAAACACUUGAGGAAGCACAGAACUGUUGAGACGUGUCACUCGGGGCAAGUUCUAGAUAGGAGGACACUUUUAGCCUCUGGGCCAGGCCUGCAGUUCCUCACCCCAAUAUAUAAUACUGUUGCAUGUUCAUUUACAAAUAUUUUUCAUGUUUAUUUCAAGAUGGUUGUGCCUCAUUGGGCCUCCCUUGUAGGACUACAGUAUUUUAUCUUAUUUGGAAGUGAGGCAUAGUUGAGUUUUUGAGGCUGAAUAUACUUUUGGGGGGAAGGAUUGUUUUGGAGGAAAGGUUCAUUUUAUAAAUGCUUGUCUUUUUAAAAAUAAUCUGCUUGCUCCAGCUGUUUUCUGCAAUACCUGUUAACAACAGCAUUUUUUCUGACCCCCCCCCCCCAUGUUCCACUUUUAUCCUUCCAUAUUCUUUUCAGGCUACUUUUGAGAUUGGAGAGCAACAUUCUUUAAGAAAUGUUUAGAAAUCAAUGUUUAUACACCUUGUCUGUUAAAUACUGUACUAAACUGGGCUGUUCAUAUCCUAUUAAAGGAAAUUCCAAGCAUAUUAAAAUCUCAGUUUACUAGUUAUCCAUUGUUGUAAACAAAAUCUGCCCUUUUUCCCUUAUGGGGAUCCAAGAGCCUGUAUAGAGUCCUUAAGUGGGUUCCCUGUCGGUAGGAGAAAAUAACAGAGGCCAACCAAGAGAAUACUGAGAAGCAAAGCAGCUAGUAAGCCUGAUCUUUAUUAAAACUGUUGCAACAGGGUGCUCCCCCCACACGCAGGAGGACCCAGAACCAGGGGGUGCCAGCCCUUAUGUAGACUUUUGAAAUUGCCCACCCUCAAACUCAAGACCAUCACCCCAAUACAUCAUACAUACAUCACAGAAAGAGGUGGUCUCCAUCAAAUUCCUGUCUGGCAGAAAACUUGUUAAUGGUCACUGACUGGAUCACCCUGCAGCCUGGCCAUUCUUUUGUAAUGAUAAAUACUUAGUUCCUGAGCCAGGUCACAGACUCACCCUAUUCACACCUUAAAUGUGCCCUUAAGGCAGGAUUUGUGAGCACAGAGACAAUGGGGGGGGGGUUUCAUUUCCUACCCCCUUGCAGAGAAACAUUUGGUCAGUUUGGGAGAGUCAAAAUGGUUUCAAGACUGUCUUCCUGUACUAUUUCAGAUAUAUGGUUUAUAUAUUUAUGUACGUGUUUGCCUUGUACAUUUAAUUUAUAUACUGUAUUUGAGACCUUAAAUUCUUAUAACACCAUAACUAGAAUUUCUUCUUCUCUCUGCUUAUGCCCGAAGUCUCUUACUGCCUUUUCUCUUAAGACUACUUCUCCUUUCUCUUAUAAUCAUAUAGUCUUCAAUGUUUCUCAGGGCCAAAUUAAACAAGAUACCAUUCAUGCAAUUAUCAAUUGAGUGAAUGGUUUUUAAAGGUAAAUAGGAGGCACAGGGGGGCUGAAUCUAAACUGGGACCCUGGUGGGUGAGGCACGGGAAUUUCACAUAUUCCCCUCCACCCCACUGUAGCAUAUUAGGACCCACACAACUAAUGUUGGCAGUGGAAAGCUUCCAGUUUUAUGCAAAUAGGAGUUCUCACCCCACCUGACAAAAAACAUGCACAGCACCAGAGCCCAGACCUAGACUUGUGCCUGCUAUUUAGUUUUUUGAAAAUCACUCAAUUGCUAAUUGUGUGAAUGGUGUCUCUUGUCGUUUUACUCUUAGUCUCCCCCCUAGAUUUUUAACUGCAGUAUUACAUGGGGAAUGAAUCAGCUCCUAGGAGUCUUCCUGUGCUAGCAACAGCUGCAUCAAAGAAUGGACUUCUUUCCUUUCCUUUUGGUCCCUUUGACCAGUAUGUACCCCAAGCUGACAUAUUUUAGAUUAGCAGAAACCACAUAUAAAGCAAUUUGCAACUUUAAAAAGUUACGUAAAUUAAAAAUCAAAGGUUUUAAUGAGAUACAGAUUUCUGUUUAUCUAGCAUCAGAGCAGAGACAAAAUUAAAAGUGAUAUAAGUGUAUUCUCUCCCCCAACUUCAAACUUCCUUCCCACAACUGUAAAAAGACUAGGGUCUAUACUCUUCACUGUCUUCCUUCUUUAGCUUAUUUCCAGGAAUUGAAUCUUGUGUCUAGACUAGAGCAGGGGUCGGCAGCCUGUGGCCCAUUGGCCACAAGCAGCCCACGGGGGUUGUUUAAACAGUCCACCAGCCGCCCACAAACUGAGCCGCCCGCUCGGCAAGUCCCCGUAUGCUGCGCUAAACCGGCGCAGUGCGGAGUGGGGACUCGCUUCUGUGGCGCCGGAAAUCGUGUCUGCGCAUCUGGCCCCCAGAGUGAACUGGCCCAGUCGAGGUAAACCUUGCCAACCCCUGGUCUAGAGGCACCUUUGGAUCUCCAUUCAGAGCAAGGAUCUGAGCCACCCAUGAACACAGCUCUGCUCUGAGAGAUCAAGCAGAUUUAUCCUCCCAAGUAGAUCUCUUAAGUAUGUCUAACAAAGAACUUAACGUCCUUUUAACUCCAUCACCUUUAGUCACGUAAAACUUGAUAAUUUGCUGGGAGCAUUUAAGGUCAAGUCAGUCUUUACAUGUACGACACCUCUCAUUUAAAGAUAUCACAGCAAAUGUCAAGCUGGUAUAGGUUAACCGCUGAGCCUAAACAGAAUGUAAAACAAAGCUUUACCAACAAUACAUGAUAGCCAUCUUCAAAUAUCUGAAGGGCUGUCCCAUGGAAGAUGGAGCAAGCUUGUUUUCUCCUGCUCUCGAUGGUAGGACUCAAACCAAUGGCUUCCUGUUACAAGGAAGGAAAUUGUGACUAAACAUUAGGAAGAACUUUCUGGCGGUAAGAUCUGUUUUACAAUGGAAUGGACGACUUUCUCAGAAAGUGAUGGACUCUCCUUCCUUGGAGGUUUUUAAGCAGAGGUUGGAUGAAGAAUAUGACUAAUUGGGGUAGAUCUCUACUAUAUAAGAAACGUUGUUGUUGAAAAAGCAGCCUCUGCAAUGUGUAGAACAACAUAACCUAUGUCUGGAAGUCAUUAUUAUGCGAAGCAUUUCUCUUCCCUGUCAGGGGCAGUCAGUGAUGCUCAGUGGAGGUGGGGUAAUGGACAGCAUAAUUAGUCAGGGUAAGUUGUGCUAGACAUUAUGAAGGAGUGAGGAAGGAUGAAGAUAAGUUGCUAUUUUCAGCAGUCACCACAUGUUCCUUAGAACAUGUAGUUCUGCCCUCAGAAAUUAAUGCAUAGCAACCCAAUAUUAGAACAGUUUUUCUAGAUGUUAUUUAAAAAUAGAACAAAAUCCUACAAUUAAAAAAGGUUACAUUAAAUUGCAUGGCGCUAAACAGAAUUCCAGCUGCUACUAAUUUUGCUUUAUAAAAAGCUUCUCUCCCUCUCUCUCUCUCUUUACUAAAAGGACAGUCUCCAAAGCAAAGUGAGCAGAGCUCUUGAAGAUUGAAGACACUAUAAUUAUGCAAAAGAAGAAACUGAUAGUAUUAUGCAGAUUUGUUAACAUUGUCCUUGCAUCACAAGUGACUUUGGUUUAUUUCAGCAAACAUCAGCUGUUCAUUAAAAAAACCCAACCCUUAAAUGCAUAUAUGCCAUGUGAGCUUAUAUGCAUAUAUGCCAACUUAUUUCAGUGAAUGGUUUCAUCUUGCUUUUCCUUCCAACAGGAAGCCUAUUGCACUUAAUAACAAAAAAUGCAAUACUUUUUUUUAAAAAGGAAGCAUUGUAUGAAAUAUUCUAACAAUAAAAAUGGUGCACUAAUCAGUACAAUAUUUAAGAGGGGGAAUUAUCCAUUAAAUAAUAAACAGCAGACAUUUGAAGCAAAAGUCUAAGCAGCAACCCCUUUGGAAUUACCCUUAGGUUAUACAUGCUGGCAUCAACCACCUCCACAGUUUUACAGCACUGCUUGGAGUGCAUUCAUACAUAUUCAUACAUACAUAUAUAUAUAUAGUUUGUGUGUGUGUGUGUGUGUGGUUUUUAUUCCAUUCUGACUUAAUUCCCUUUUUCUGUCUGCAUACUACAGUGAAAUCUCUUCCUGUUGACCCAUGAGAGCUCUUUGCUCAUGCUUCUCUCUGCUAACUCACCCUCACUUUUCUGUCUACAUCCCAUAGCAUGCACACUCUUCUUUUUGCCCAACAGCAACUCUGCACUCCUAACUGACGGCUCCUCUCCUUCCGUUUUCAUACUUGUAGGUUCUCUUUAGGCCUAUAGGCCUGUUUCCCUCACUGAAUCAAAAGCAGCCCAAACAAGAAGUCUGUAGUCCCUGUUAACUGCAGUAACAAAUUUAAGUAGUUUAAGGCACCAGUUGAACUACGGUUACAGGCAGCCACUGGAGAAAGUGUGAGGCAGUGGCUUUACCAUCUACCUAGCAGUAACCGGCACCAGUUUUCAACCUAAAGCAAACAGAUGUAACUCCUGAACUGAGGAACAGGCUGCAUGACUUAUGUGUUGGAAUAAUGGCAGCAAAACUACAACCAAAGAAGUCAAGGGAGCAAGAUGCAGGAUACAAGACUGUUGGUGUUGAAUAGAGAGUCUUCAGUUGCCAGACAGUGGAUCUAAAGCAGAUACAAGACCAGAAAACUGCAGCGAUCCUGGAGGGCAAAGUGUUUAUUCAGAGAACAUACUGGCUGCUUUUGGAAAUGCCACAGUUAAAUGAAAGGGUACAGGAAUAGCUUACAGCACAGCUGGGUGUAAUUAAGAAGUUCUCCCGUUCUGCAUCUGCAUUACAAGCACCCUCCAGCAAAGAUAAUGUUUUCAAACUAUAUCUAGAUAUUUUUGAGGGGCUUUGAUAAUUUCCCAACACUCAGUGUAUCUGCUUGGUUCCAUCUGUGACCCCAAAGAUCCAAGGAUCCAGGAAAAUAUAGGCAAUGCUACCAAAUCUUAAGGCUACUUUUUAAAGGCUGGAGGCUGAUAGAGUUGUUAUCAAAGUGUGGAAACCCAAACCCUACCUAAGUCAAUGACAUGGUAAUCAGAGAGUAAAAAAAUAACUGUAUAGUCAUAGCAAAACAAAGCUAAGGGGCACCAUUUCCGUUGCUGGCAAUUCAGGAUUCCCUCAUCUUUACCCCUACCCCACAAAAGGCCAAAUCAGCUAGAAAUAAACUAUUCAUGAUCCUGGAUAAGUGCAGGUGACAGUAGACAAAUAGCCUUCAGAAGUCCACAUCUUUAUUUACCCAUGGAGAUACUACUCCAACAAACUCCUUUUUGGAAUAAAGUCUGCAAGUGUUCUAGUAGAAAAACGAGUGUUAUUAAGUGCACACAUCAUAGCAGAUGACAUGAUAAUCGCAUCAGCUGCCAAAGAACAUGCUGCCAUUCUAAAGCAAGCGUUGGGCAGAGCUAAUCAAAAAGGAGGAAAACUCAACAAGAAACAGUACAAUGCCUGAAUCACAAUUUGUCAAAUAUAUGGAGUUAAACCAAGUGAAAGCAAGACAGAAGGCAUCUGCUUACAGAAGAUUCUCAGUACUAAUCAGUAACUAGCAUAAACUAAAUAAGUUUAGCCUAACAGCACAACCGCUGAAAAAUAAUGUCAUCUGCCAAUGGGGACCAAAAUAUGAAGGCUCAAGCAAAACCUUACCACAGCUCCAAGGGAUAACACAGCGGAUACUAUGACCUGGCAGAGCAACUUGAAGUACAGACACAUCUAAGGAUGGUCUAGGUGCAUGUCACUUCCAGAAGAGAGAAUCCAUAAAGCCUGUUCAUCGCUGCCAUCUCUAUUGCAUCAGCUGAAAACAGUCGCGGGAGACUCAUUCAAGAGGUUCAUAAUUUAAUAGAACCACUUUCUCCAUUGAGGUCCUGUGAGGUCGAGAUCUCCUGCAAUGAUUUUGCAGUUUUUUGCAGAUAAAAUCACUCAAAUUCAGAAAGAGGUUGACUCUACCAUGGUAGCAGAGCUGAGCUGGGUGAGUGCCCAUGCUCUGUCUGGUCAAGUUGUAUGGGACCGAUUUCAGCUUGUUACCUCUGAAGAAGUGGUCAGGCUGCUUGGAUGAGUGUAACCAACCACCUGUUUGCUUGAUCCUUGCCCAUCCUGGCAAUCGAGCCAGGCUUGGCUUGGCAAAGGGCUCCAUCGGGUAGUGAAUGCUUCCCUCUGUGAGGGAGUCUUCCCAGAACCGCUUAAAGAAGCAGUUGUUUUAAAAACUAUAUUUGGAACAGCCAUUGUGGCCAGUUAUCUCCCAGUCUCAAUUUUUCCAUUCUUGGGCAAGGUGAUGAAGCGGGUGGUCGCUGAACAACUCCAACCAUGUCUGGAUGAUGCCCAAACAUGACUUCCCAAACUUGUCUUGUUGGUAACUCCUGCCCACCUACCUGGUGAGGAUUCUGCAGGGCACUUUGCAGCACCUGCUACAUCCCUAGGAGUUGAGUUGAGGAGAACAGGGUAAGGAAUAUCCUGGUUAUCUAAGAGACUACUUUGCUUUCCAUUUCUAGCUUUUCCCUCACUCUUACUCAUUACAUUUUAUAUCCUGUCCUUCCCCCAAGGUGGCAUAUGUGGUUCUCUCCUCCCUCUUUGAUUCUCACAACAGCCCCAUGAGGUAGGCUAUGAUGAAUCAAAGUAUGGCAACCAUACACGUUGGGAGAAAGGAGGGGUUUGUGUGGGCUAAACCCUUUGAAUUGGGCUUAUUAAAAAGACAAAAAGGCCUGGGAACCACAUGUCUAAGCCCAGGGCUGUGUGUUGCAUUUGACAUGUGACUGUUGCUAAAAGCAGCAGCCCCACAUCUCUUCUUUCCCUCAUAACAAUUAGCAAACCAAAAAACAAAAAAAAGGUGAUGUCAUCAUUAUGUUGUGAAUUUGCCAUUCCUAUAAAUGGUGGUCAGUGAGGUAGCAUGGAAGCUACACAGUGGUGAUGUCGUGUUAUGGGGUUUGCCUUCUUAAGCAGGAAUGAGGAGAAGAUGACACAAGGGCACUGCUUUCAACAGUGGCCUUUUAUCAGCUAUAAUAUGGUGUCCUGGCUAGUGUACUUUGCUCAUUUAUGAAAGUAAAUUUGCAAAUAGCAGACGCGUUAGUUCACUUCCCAUUAUCUCCCAGACACACAUGAAGAAUGUAUUUAUGAGUAUUCAUAAAAGAAGUAGGAACCAUGCUACUCAAAGGGGGCUUACACCCUGGUAUAUGUGUAUAAGAUUGCAACAGAAGUUGAGUCCCUAUUUAUAGUAAGAAGUAAAUGGAGAAAACCACCCUUGAGAAUGGCUAGUAGAUUCUCCCACAAAAGCAAAAGUCUACUGUUUCGUGUGCAGACUUUUCUGUAACCAACCUGCCUCAAAUACAGCUUUAGCUUCUACUGGAUUUGAUUACUGGCAUCCCAUGGAAAAUUGAAAAAUCAUAUGAACUCUAUGCUAACAUGCUUAACUAGAAAGCAUAGUCAAAUGCUCACAUUAGCUGGUAAUUUUUAUUUUUUUGUGAACCUGCAUGCAAACAAGAAACAGAUUCACAAUUGCAUUGCUGGAAGUGUAUCCAAAGGAUGUUGGCCUUAGUCUAGUCAAUGAACUCUUUCACUUCCAUCUGUGCAAACUUACCCUGUGGAAAAAGAAAGUUUCAGCCACCAAUAUAUGUAUCAAAUAAUAUUACAGGAGAAAAUUUGGACAGGUUUUCCAAAUGUGGAAACAAUUUUCAGAUUGUUUGUGUGUUUAACAAUUACAAACUGUACUGAUGAAAGAUUAUUUUCUAGACUAAGAAGGAUAUAGCAUGAUGUAUGGUCAACAAUGUCCCAAGAUCAUAGCUGUCAACCUUCCCUUUUUUUGUGGGAAAUUCCCUUAUUCCAGCGCCAUUUCCCGCUGCUUCCCGCUGCUAUCCUGGAUUGUUAGAUAUCCCAUAGACUGUCCCCAGGACAGGUGAGGCUGCUGAUCCCUUAUUUUCUAGGGUGCUGAUGCCUUAUUUUCAAGUUGACAGCUAUGCCCAAGAUUGGUUGUGUGAUCUAAGCAUUCUCUGCACAGAAAAUGAUAAACUGCAACUCACUGAUUUUAAUGAUAUAAUUGAUAAGUUGGCAUCUAAAAAUGCUCGAAAGAAACUAUUGCAUAUAGUGUAAUGUUAUAGCUAUGAUUCCCCUAUGAAUGUUCUGUGUGAAUGUCUUCAUUAAUUCCAUACUUUUGUAAACUUACUAAAGUUUAUAAAUUUAGAAACAAUAUUUUCAUGAAUGCUCAAAUUUCAGCAAUGUUCUGCUUCCAUUGAGUAGAUAAAGAAGAGAAUGGGGUUUUGUUUCUCAGGAGCAGAUGCUAUUAAAUUCAGGCCUCCCAAUGUCUCCUGGCCCAGGGCCUCCAGUUGCUUUAAUCCAGACCUGUCCAGAGGAGUGUAAGAAAACAAAGAUACAAAAGGGUGAUUCAGAAGGCAGUUGAAGAUGGUGUCUGGUGUCUAACAUUGUGGUUUAUUAAAGGGAAUAAGAAUUGAUUUAUAGUUGAUGUUCUCUGAUCAGGGAAAGUAUCUCCUGGGCUAUGACAUGAGGUCAAGGUUGCUUCCGCCUAAUACUGUUCUCUGCAGUGCAACUAUGUCACCUAUGUAAACAGAACUGCACUAGAAGGCUAGGGAUGAAGGCAGAUGGGUGGUAGAGCAUCUUUAUUUUAACCUGCAGUAUUAAUGCUGCCUGCCACUUAUCUUCAGUUUGUGCACUUUUCUAUGUAUAUCGGAUUAUUCACUGGUCUCUUUUUUAUUCUGUUUCACUUGCUAGCUAAAGUAAAAUUUGUUCAAGAUCUAUUUCAUUGAUUAGAAUUUAAAAAGCAGGCAUGUUACCGCAAGCAUCUGUGUAGCAGAUCUAGGCGGUAAAAUAAAUAAUAGUAUAUCAUUGUUUAGUUGCUAAUCUGCACAUAGUCCCACAAAUGACUAUUGUUAAGCCUGCUUUUUUAAACUACCGUAUUUUUCGCUCUAUAAGACGCACCAGACCAUAAGACGCACCUAGUUUUUGGAGGAGGAAAACAAGAAAAAAAAUAUUCUGAAUCCCAGAAGCCAGAACAGCAAGAGGGAUCGCUGCGCAGCGAAAGCAGCGAUCCCUCUUGCUGUUCUGGCUUCUGGGAUAGUUGCGCAGCCUGCAUUCACUCCGUAAGACGCACACACAUUUCCCUUACUUUUUAGGAGGGAAAAAGUGAGUCUUAUAGAGCAAAAAAUACGGUAAAUACUAAGUGCCAUCAACGGGGAUAAUAAAGUCAAAUAAAUUUUGCUGUAUCAGGAAUGAAUAAAGCAAUAUAAUUAAAUAUAUAUUUCUUGGCUUAUUUAGUGUACAAAGUUUGGACCUACUUCUGGUUUAGGACAGCUUCCCCAGCGCUCUUCUGCUCGAAGAUCAUUUGGACGGACAAAGAGAUUCAGCAUUACUCGCUCACUUGAUGAUCUUGAGGUAAUUUUAUUACACUAAGCUUCCACUGUUUCCUGUGAAGAGAGAGUGAACAGGCAUUGAUAAGCUGCUUAAACAGUACUCUAAGGAAAGUAGAUAUGUUCUCAAACGAGAGUAAAUUAACGUGUUGCUUUUCUCUGUUCUGGUUGACAAAUCACUUUAAACCACUGUUAAGCUUGACUGUGAUUUAAAAAUGAAUGUGCCAUGUCCUGGGGGGUCACGUCACCCCUCCCUGCUCCCACUGCUGAUGCUGCCAGGAGUUGAGCCCUGCUUUGGCUUAGCGUUGCGUUUGGACCCAGACUCGGGAAUUACCGUAUUUUUUGCUCUAUAACUUUUCCCUCCUAAAAAGUAAGGGGAAAUGUGUGUGCGUCUUAUGGAGUGAAUGCAGGCUGCACAGCUAUCCCAGAAGCCAGAACAGCAAGAGGGAUUGCUGCUUUCACUGCGCAGCGAUCCCUCUUGCUGUUCUGGCUUCCGAGAUUCAGAAUAUUUUUCUUGUUUUCCUCCUCCAAAAAGUAGGUGCGUCUUGUGGUCUGGUGCGUCUUAUAGAGCGAAAAAUACGGUAUAUCUCUCCAAACAAGCCAUGAGCUAUAACCAUACAGUGGUGCCCCGCAAGACGAAUGCCUCGCAAGACGGAAAAACCGCUAGACGAAAGGGUUUUCCGUUUUGAAGUUGCUUCGCAGGACGAAUUUCCCUAUGGGCUUGCUUCGCAAGACGAAAAUACCUUGCGAGUCUUGAGAUUUUUUUUUCGCUUUUCCCCCCUUUAUCUAAUCUGCUAAGCCUUUAAUAGCCUUUAAUAGCCGCUAAACCGCUAAUAGCGCUAAUAGCGCUAAUCCGUCAAUGGGCUUGCUUCGCAAGACGAAAAAACCGCUAGACGAAGACUCUCGCGGAACGGAUUAAUUUCGUCUUGCGAGGCACCACUGUAUUUUGUUCUUGCCUUACUGGUUAUGGCUUGUUUAGGGAAGGCAAACCAUGAAACUCAGUUUCAGACGUAAUCCUAAGGCUGAACCCUCAGAAGCAAGAAUGGGGGAGGAGUGAAGGGGCUGCAGUUUUCUUCCUCUGCAUCAGUACACUGCACAUUCACCUUUAAACCAUAAUUAAGCUUCAUUAUGGUUUCAAGUGGCAUGCAAAUGAGGCCAUUUAAUGCAUGCAUGCUAAAUAUUCUUAUAAUAUAGGUGGUGCUGCUGAACAUGUGGAAUUUGUGUUAUAAAUUUGCCUAGGUUCUCGGUUUGAUGCCUUGUAACAAAAUCCCUGCUUUCGUAACAAUGCCUAGCCUUCAUCAUUGUGUGUGUGUAUGUGUAAGCGGGGAGAGUCUCUACUAGUCUUCAAAAAGUGAACACUGAAUAGAAUGUAGCUCGAAAAGCGUGAUUUUCAAAAUGUAGCAAGCUUCUAAAAGAAUGAACAAUUCAUUACUGGGGUGGCAAUAUCCUAUAUAUUUUUUAUAUAGUAUAUUCAGAAGUAGUCAUUUUUAGCUACGCGAAUGACUUUUUUGUGGUUGGAGUUUGACUAAUGCUAUGACAUAAUAGAUGUAUCCUCAGUACUUCAUAGGCUUGUGAGUUAAAAUAAAUGGGCGUGGUACUGAAAUGUAUGAGAAUCCUGUUGCACAAGGAAAAAGAAUUCUGUAACCUUCUUUUGCUUAGUCAAAGGAGCAAGGAACAGACAAGUCGGAUGAAGCAAAUAGCAUAAUAGGCUUGCAUGUGAUUGCAAUCUUGAAGGAACAUGCAGCUACAUGCCGAGAAACAGAGAAAAUGGGAACAAGCUGUAUAAAGUUGCUGUUUGAUUUUAGAGCUAGUUUAAAGUUUUUCUAUACAGUUCACACUGAACCUAUGAACCACUAGUAUGCAGUCUCUGUGGAGGGUUCAUUGUUAUGCAAAGACAGUCACAGCAACAAUUUAAAGCCUUGAGUGCAAGCUGUUUUUUCUUUUUCUUUUGAUGGGUAGAUACACAAACUGGUGCUUAGUCUGGGUGGGUCUCCACUGUGAAGGAAGGAAGAAGAGGCACCUUAGUUUCAUUUGUUUUACUGGACAGGAGAAGUAAGCAUGUGUGUUCGUAGGAAACUUUCCUUAAAAUGAGAGAGAAGUCCCUUAGGGGCAACUUGUACAUGGAGGAACUUUGCAACUUUAGUCACGUAAGUAUGCUUCAUUUAUCUAAUAGUGUAUAUGGAACUCAAGAAAGUGACUUAAAGGACAGCCUUCAGUUGCAAGGUCUUCCAUAUAGUUCCUGUAAAAGUCUACAUUCUGUCCAGAUGAUUUCCCCCCUCUAUUAAUGUUAACUGAUAAUUUUUAUAUUUAAUUCUUUUAUUGUGUAAGUCAGCAGUAAAGUGGUUUUCCAGUAGGUACUUAUGCAACACUGUGCACUGUCAUUUUUCUAAGAAUAAUUAAAUGCAUUAAACAAUGGCAGCUCCUCAUGUAUAAAAAUAAUUUGACUGCAUGGUUUGAUGGUUCUUUGUAUGUUUAUUUGGUAGACCUACCCGUUGGGGGUUUUCAUGACUCAGAUAAAGUUUGAGACGGGGAUGUUUCAGUUUUUUAAAAUGUUUAAUGUUUCUUAAAUGAAACACAGAGAAGUAUUCUAAAGGCUCUGUGUCAUUAAAAAAGGAAGGGGAACAAUAUGCCCGGGCUAGAUUGUUAAUGGGAUACAUUCCAGUAAAACACACACACACACACACACACACACACACCUCACUGGUAGGCAUAUCUAUCUUCAACAGGUUGUUAAAAGAGACCUUACAUAUUUUUGUGGCUAUUUCUUGGCUAUCCUUAUUCUUACUGGUAAAGAAAAUAAAACAAGCACAUUUUUAAUACGCAAAAAAAUUGUCUUCUAAAAAAUCCUUUGUGGCUACAAACUUAUGAGUAGAAUUGGACUUGCUUCAGUGCUAGCAUGCAUUGGAUAGCAUAUUUUUUAUUGGUAUUGUAAGUUUCAACCAUAUCCUGAAAAACAUGUUCAGUUUUCUUAAGAGUGACAUUUGAAUGCUUUGAUACAGUUUUUUCUUUGAAGUAGAUUCUCUAGGGAGAAUAUAUUUUUGCUAUACAAUCUCAUUGUUUUAAAAGGAUUAUUAUUAAGACUGAAACUUAAUUGAAACUUUAAUAGCUUAAUCAUUGAAGGGUUAGUCAAUCUAUUAGUUAAAUUUGAAUAUUUAUACAGCAUUCUUCCCGUUCCCAUAUAUAUAACACUAACGUAUUUGGUGUGUUUCAUAUUUUCACUAACUUCUGUUGCUUCCUGCUGGGAGCUGCUGCUAACACAAGAUAUACGGCCUUCAUAAAUGGAGGUUCCAUCCCUAACUGUCCUGGUUAAGAAAUUCCUUGAUUAAACAGAUCUGGCUGUUCAUACUUAAGAACUGCCUUGCUGGAAGAGAACAUGAGUUCCUAUAAUUUAGUGUCCUGAACAGCAGACAGUCCAGUAUUCCUUCUGAGAAACCCACAGGUUUUGAACUCCCACCCUAUCCCCUAGCACCUGCUAUCCUCUGCCUGUGUGUUUUUCUUCAUGGGCUGAAUUUGUGGGUGGAGUGGAGAGACAAUGUGGCCUUGAAGGAGUAGAGCAGCAGCUGCCCUCUCCCUCUUUACCCUUCCCAGUAAAAAGCUGGUGAGAAGUGCAGAAGGCUGUGCCAUUUGCACCAACAUCCACCUCCCCUUCUCAGCAUUUGUUUGCUCAGUGACAGAGCACAUCCUUGGCAUACCGGAGGUCCCUGCUUUGAUCCUUUGCAUCUCUAGUGAAAAGGAUUGUCUGGCCAGUAAUGAAAAAGACCUCUCUCUCUUCCUGAGAUCCUUAGAGAGCCAGCCACUGCCAGUAAGAGUAGACUAAAUGGAGAAAUAGUUUGGCCUGGUAUAGUCAGCGCUGUCUUUAGCAUAUGUGCUGCCGGGGUGCAAAGAUCCACCCAGCGCCCCCAAAUUUAGUUUAGCCCCCAAAUUAAUUUUUAUUAUGCUUAUGUCAGACACCACGCUUACGCCUGAUCUCUUGCUUAGGAAAGAAGGAAGGAAAAAGAAACAAGCAUUUUUAUUUUCUCAUUUCUUUACAAUACACUUAUACUUAAGUAUACAACACCACCACACUUAAACUUACAAGUAUUGUUUAGGCACCUCCUUAGGAGAAACAUCAGUCAUGUCAAAGGUGCCACUCACCCCGCUGCCGCAUAGCAGCUUAAUACAAUAUGUAACGUAAUAUUUUGAUGUAAGAGUUACUUUUGCGUGCACGGUGCCAUUGUGAAUGACAAGUGCCGCCAUUGUGAAUGAUAAGCACACCGCUGGCGCGGUGCAUCUUUGGUAAAUGAGCGCAUGAUGUCGAAAGUCCUUUAGUGAAACAGUAGGUAUACAUUUCAAUAAUACCUAUGUAUUUUGUUUUUCUAGCUUGAUCAAAAUUAUGUAUUAUUUCAAUGACAGGUAGAUAGUUAAGAGCUUAAGCGGCUUCAGCAGCGGGCAUCUGGCGCCCCCAAAAAUUUGGCACCCGGGUGCCCCACACCGCUUGCACCCCCGGGUAAAGACGGCCCUAGGUAUAGUGCGGCUUGCUACAUGAGUGAGCCUCUUCCUUCCCAGCACAGCAGCCGCUGGGAUCAGCCAGGGUGACUUGCAUGCUGAACAUCUGACUCAGAUGUUCAGCAUGAGAACCACCCCGGACACCAAGUAAUGAGCCUUAUCAGUGUCAAUUGGUCUGAAGGGGAUGGGGUUGUGUCAGUGAAUCAUGUGCUGAACACAAACUAUGCAGAGGAACUUUGCACGCAGAGAAGGGAAAGGAGGGGGAGAAAGUUGCAGCUCAGCACAGCUCAGGCUGAUUGAGGCUAAACAUUGGGAAGAACUUUCUGAGCUGUUCAACAGGAGAACGGUUUCCCUCGGGAGGUGGUGGGCUCUCCUCCAUUGGAGGUUUUUAAAUAGAGGUUGGAUGGCCAUCUGUCACAGAUGCUUUAGCUGAGAUUCCUGCAUUGCAGGGGGUUGGACUAGAUGAUCCUUGGGGUCUCUUCAAACUGUACAAUUCUAUGAUUCUAGAACCCAAAUUGGGUUCAGAGCUUUGACAACUGAAAAGAGGAUAUUGGUCCACAAUAUUGAUCAAGGCAAAAUAUUUUAAUCUUGAGGCCACUUAUUACAUUACUUCAUUUAUUGUUUUAGUUACUUAAUGCUGCUGGAACAAAUAAUAUGCAGUGAAGAAAACAAACUUAUUUGCUUCCCUGGGAAGGGGGGUCUUUUGAGACAGAAACCCAUUGAUAGAACUGUCUUUGAUUCUUUGUGAAAAACAUUGAAAAUUAUAUUUGCUUGUAACAUAAUGGGGGGGGUGUUGUUUUUGUUUUUACAUCUGCCAAUAAUUGCCCCAAACCAGUAUCUAUCUACCUCUUUCCUGGAUUUGUUGAGUCUCCAUUUCAGGGGAGGGGGACCCCUCGUCUUAGAGGGUACCAGGAGUAUGCUUAAAGGUAAAGGGUCCCCUGACCAUUAGGUCCAGUCAUGACCGACUCUGGGGUUGCGACGCUCAUCUUGCUUUACUGGCCAAGGGAGCCGGCGUACAGCUUCCGGGUCAUGUGGCCAGCAUGACUAAGCCGCUUCUGGCAAACCAGAGCAGCGCACGGAAACGCCGUUUACCUUCCCACCGGAGCGGGACCUAUUCAUCUACUUGCACUUUGACGUGCUUUCGAACUGCUAGGUUGGCAGGAGCAGGGACCGAGCAACGGGAGCUCACCCCGUCGAGGGGAUUCGAACCACCAACCUUCUGAUCUGCAAGUCCUAGGCUCUGUGGUUUAACCCACAGCGCCAUGCUUACUUAGACGUAAAUCCCAUUGCAUUAGUGAAGCAAGGCAGUUCCUGUUUAGGUAAUCCAGCAUCGGGUCUGUCCCUGCCCAUUGCCACAUUACCCUCAAGGAGUAAUCCUAAAAACUCAUUUAAAAAAAAAAAGAAAUUAAAAUUCAGAGUGCUCAGGUUGUCUGUGGGAAGAUAGUGCUCACAAGGGUCACAUUGUGGGGCCCCAAAGCUACUCUGAUGCCUUGAGUAAGCUUUGCCUGGUUCAACUUAUGUGCCUGGCUUGUAUAUGGAUCUUCAAGAUGUUCCUUUGAAGGAAAAAAAGUUAAAGUCACUCUCACCUAUAUCCUCUGCACAUAGAGGAUUUACUACUUGCUUGUUCCUCCUCUUUCUUUGAACAUGACUGAAGAAAGCUUUUAAAAUUUUAUUUUUAACCUCUCUUGCAAGCCUGAGUUCAUUCUGAGCUUUGGCCCGCCUGACCUUCUCCCUGCAACUAUUGGCUACUCAUAUAUACUCUUCCUUUGUGAUUUCCCCAUUCUCCAAACACAUUCUUGCCGACCACUGUGAGGUGCAACCCAUGUCUGGCCAGAAGUCCUUCCUCAAGGAAGCGGAAACUAUGGUCUAAGAAGCCAAAUCCUUCCUGACAACACCACCUGCGCAGUCAGUGGUUUACUUCCAGUAUUUUCCUCUCUCUUCCUGGACCAAGACCUUCAACAGAAAGGAGAGAUUUAAAAACACCUGUGUCUCAAGGCCCUUCAGCCUCCUGGCCAGAGUCUCAUAUGUCAAAGGCUGUGUUUGGCAGUAUUGUUUGUACCCACAUGAAUCAAAAAGAGAAGGGGUUGUUGUUAGUGGACUUUAUAAGAUUUGGCAGUUUCCCUGUCACAUUGUGAAUCUUUGCAGCUGGAAGACAGCACACCUCCCGGGACAUCCUGUUACUUCCGCACACUGCUGCCUCUAAAGAUAACUAAAGAAAAAACAGUAUUAUAUAAGGAGAGUGGGGAUGCUUGAGACAUGCCUAUCCCACCUUUGAGCAAUGGAGUCUUUGAUGGACAGGCAAUAUUGGUAGACAGGCAGGGGUUGUGCAGACCUUCAUGACAAAUACAUACUCUGCUGUGUCACAUUUAUUAUACUUUAUCUCAAACAUUAAAUCUAGUUCUGUCCCCAGUUUGUUGUUUUACAUAGAAGAGCAGUCUUCAACUUUUGCUAUUAGUUUUGGUAAAGGGUCCCGGAUAAUAGACUAUUGCAUUCCUGUAUAAUUUUGCACCACCUGUUUUUAAGGAGCAUUUAAUACAACAUAUGCAUACACACUGAUUUUCGAUAAUCCUGAUAUAUUACCUUUUUCCAGUAGUGGAAGGGACAAAGACUUCAAAGCUGCUCCCCAAACCAAUUAUUCAGCAACCCAGCAGGUUAUCUGAGAUUCAGCAAACCUUUCUAUCUUUGCAGCUAUGAGGACUGGAAACCUCAUUUUAAAAAUAUAAAUCUGAGAUGCUCUGGAAGCUGAAUUCUGUACAUACUGCCACACCUUGCCCAUUUUUGCACUCUUGCAGCCAUGGCAGAUGCACAGACCUAACUAUAGUGUUCUUCUGCAAACGCACCAUUUCAGACUGAAUAAAGUGUGUUAUGUUAUUUGCUACAGACAGGAUUUGUUAAAUACCACAGCCCCAGUUCUCCAAACUAUCCUUGUUCUGUGAGAUAGCCGAGAUACAAUCUGAUCCAUCAUGAACUGGAGCGUUCUGCGGUGGCUGGUUGCUAUUGGUAACAUAAAGGGAGUAAAAUAGAACAUGUGAAAUGCCUUUAAACUUUGUAGGCAUUUUGCACAGGCAGUGCGGAGUAUUGGAUGGUGCACUUAAGCUCUUGAGAACCUAUUUUAUUUAAGAAAUGCUCCACCAUCUAAAGUAAAGAUGAAUUUAGGAAAGGUGCUUCUGGCAAAAAUAACUGCUUUUUCUUACGAUGAACAGGUAAGCAAUAUGAUUGCUUGUCACAAGGGACUGUCUUGCAUUGGAGAUUAGAGACCAGAAUUAUAGAUUAUUAUUAUUCCAUAUUAAGACUUUUGAAACUUAUAGCUGAAAUUGUAUUUUGUGAAAAAAUAAUUUUAAAAAACAAAUGUUGAUUAUGGGAGUUAUGUGAAAGAAACUACAUAGCAGCAGUUUUACAAGUUUUUUGUUUUACUCAUCAAAUUUUAGUGUGUAAAUAUUAACUUUAUCAGAGAUGUUUCAAGAUGAAAAGCAAAUUUGACAAUCAUCUAUAAAUGGUACAGAUUGCUUAUGUCUUCUUGUCUGUUUGCAAUAAACCACACAAAUGCAUUUCUGUUUUGGAGGAAAAACCUUUUAUUUUUUAAAAUUUGAGUUGAAUUUUUUUGACACCAGUGUCUUGUAAUAAUUUCUCUAACAUGGCAAGAAAAAGACUAUCAUCUUUGUCUUCUUCUUGCUUUAUUGUUUUUAUGCAAGUAGACAAUUUUAGAAGUGGAAAGAAAAUAAUUUUAAAAAUCAUUCUGAAGUAAAGGAAUGUUAUCAAAUUGUGAUGAAUCAGCUUCCUGCACAACAGAAAUUAUGAUUUAUUACAGUUACUUUGUUACUUUUUGGUGUUUUAAAAAUAACCUGCUUCAAUUUCCUCUGUAAGAAAUGUCUGGUAUAUAUCUGUCCUUUUCUUUAAAAAAAAAUCAAAGUAAAAUGAAUGAGUGAUAACUGGGGCAGGAACCGGGGAUGAAAAUAUGCAGAAAGUAAAAUACAUCUUUUUAAGGCAUUCAUUUCAUAAUAGUAAUACUUAUAUUUUUAUGUUUAGGUAGUGUCUUUAAAAUAAUAUUUAUUUUCAUACUUACGUCCAGAGAGGUUGUGUGUCAUUUGAAUUUUUAAAUUUAAAUGAAAAUAUUGAAUAUGCAUAAUCUCUGUGUUUGCAAAAAUAUAAUUUGCAAAAUAGAAACAUUGACCAGAAACCAGGAAGACACAAGAGAGUGUGCUUCAUGGAAGGGAGCCCCUUAAUCUGCCAGGAGAGCUUUCAGAGGGUGAGGGGCUGUUGCCAGAUGGGGAGAGUUGAAAAGUCCCAGUGCAGAACAUCACAUGAAACACUCUAGAUCUCAGAAGCAGAACAGGCGUAUCUGCUGUGUGAUAACAGCAAUCAUUUAUAUACCAUUCAGGUUGUUUCUCAUAUGCAUUGUUGCUGUAGGCAUGACACUUUACAAUCUAAAAAAUAGACACAAAGAGAACAACAGGGGAAGGGAUAUCAGGGUAAAUGGGAAGUAUAUGCAAUUACUUCAGCUGCACCUACUGAGGUUUAGUUACAGUAGGGUUAGGGUCUGAGGGUUGUUCCACAGGCUUCAUGAAAAAUGUGGGUUUUGAGGAGGGACUUGAAAUAAAGAAAGAAGCUGGUCUCUGAAACUUUCUGGGAAUCAAUUUCAGGCAGAAGGGGCAGCAAUGGAGAAAGCAGCUGUAGUUGCAGGGAGUAGGAAACCUUCUGAUGGUUGGUGAGGGUGUUUAAAAAGUGAAAGACACAGGUAGGUGUGUGCUAGGAUACAAGAGGAAGGAGAUGGGGGCAUGUGAGAGACUAGGGGUUCUGGCUUGUGCAAGGGCCUGGAAUGGCUGGAAGCCAGUACAGUUAUACCUUGGGUUAAAGACGCUUCGGGUUAAAUCUUUUCAGGUUGCGUCCCGUGGCGACCCGGAUGUACCAGAAAGGAUUACUUCCAGCUUUCGUCGCAUGUGCAGAUGCUCAAAAUGAUGUCACUCACAUGCGCAGAAAUGACGAAUCAUGACACGCAGACGUGGGUUGCGUUCUGCUCAGGUUGCGAACGGGGCUCCGGAACGGAUCCCGUUUGCAACCAGAGGUACCACUGUAUAGGGAUUAAAGGAGAAGUAUGGGGGGGAGAAGGGAUGCGGGUGGCGCUGUGGGUUAAACCACAGAGCCUAGGACUUGCCGAUCAGAAGGUCGGCAGUUCGAAUCCCCGCGACGGGGUGAGCUCCCACUGCUUGGUCCCUGCUCCUGCCAACCUAGCAGUUCGAAAGCACGUCAAAGUGCAAGUAGAUAAAUAGGUACCGCUCCGGCGGGAAGGUAUUUCCGUGCACUUAGUCAUGCUGGCCACAUGACCCGGAAGCUGUACCCUCGGCCAAUAAAGCAAGAUGAGCGCCGCAACCCCAGAGUCGGUCAUGACUGGACCUAAUGGUCAGGGGUCCAUUUACCUUUACCUUUAUGGGGGGGCUACCCUUGGGGUUGGCCUGGAAGCUGCAGCUUUCCCCAACCCCAACCAACAGUGGUUAGAUGGCUGGCGGGGUGGGGGACUGUCUAUCACCAGCAUAUAACGCUUUGUUUGAAGGAUUUGCAGUGGCUUCCAAUGUGCUACCCGGCCAUGUUCAAGUUUUUGUAGUAUUAAGGCUUUACGCAAAUGAGGACUAGGUUACGUACUUCAGAGAGUGCCUUAUUGCUUGUAUACCCAGUCAGUUGUUGCAUUCUGCAGAAGAGUUUCUGCUUCAAGUACCAUCCCCACACUAACUUGGGCAAGCCUAUUAGUGUGGCUGCCUCUGUUCCGUAGAACACCAUUCUUGUUGAGGUAUUGCACAGGCACCCACUAUUUUUACUUUCUAGAAACAAUGGAAGACAUUUUUAUUUCAACAGGCUUCUCCAGUUUCAUGAGAAGGUGCCUCUGCUCAUUUUGUAUUAUUUUUAAACCUGUCUUGUUAUUUUUUGUACCAUUUUAAAAACUAUUUUAGCGGUUUUUAUAUGUUCAUAAAUUGCCUUGACUCAAAUGUCGAAGGCAUAAAUUAAGAAAAUGCAUACAAAUAAAAAGGUGAAAAUACUGUUUUUGGAUAUUCUAAGCUUGAGAGAACCAUAAAGCAUACAAGGGGAAAUAUUAGAGAAGCACUUGGAGAUGCAAGACUGGUUCAGAAGUAGAACAGGAUUUCAUCAGCAUAUAAACUACUGUUUUAUUUGUUGAUUUUAUUUCUAUCCUGUCCUUCCUCCCAAAGGAGCCCAGAGUAGCAAUCAACAAAUUGGUAAAACAAUAUAGUAGAGGUAAAAACAUGUCUAAAGAAUGUAGAAACAAUGAAAAACAUUUAAAACAAUAACCUAUCCUCAGAGAUAAUAAUUCCAAGGUUGUCAGUAUCUUUGGUAGUAUUGAAAGCCAUAGGAUGUGAAGAUGUUUUCCAGGGUCACUAAAUAUAGAGAGAAUAGUGAAGGUCCAAGUAAAGUAGCUCAAGGAAUGUAUUAACUUGAGAGUAACCUUCCAGGAAACACAAGUCAACAGAUGUGAUUUUUUUUACCUUUUGUACAGUACAUUCCACACACACACACACACACACACACACACCCACCCUCAUUGGAGCCAGCAAGUGGCUGUAGUUCAAGGGUCAAAGUUAAACAACGAGAAAAAGAGUUGACAAAGGUUCUGAAGGAGGGAGAUCUGGAAGAGGGAGGAGAGAGGGGUGUCAGAGCAAAUAGAUUCAAUUAUAGCAUUGAAGAAGAUGGCAAAAUCUUAAGGAGGGGAGAGGCGGAGGAGCAGGCAUUGGCCAGGUAUCUUCAGGGUGUCUUUAAAAAUUAUCCCCAAUAAGAAGAGCUUUCUAUCACUAAGAGUGCAACAUAGUUUGAACAUCAUUUAUUUUUCUUUUCUAUAAUACUGAUUUUUGGCUACAAUUCCAUAUGCAUUUAUCUGGAAGUAAAGCUCUGCUGAACUCUUUGGGACUUGCUUCUAAGUUGACAAGUGUAGGAUCGUACUGUUCAUUAAUCAAGGUAAAAGAGUAAAAUGUGGUAGAUUCAUGAGACAAGAAAAUGGAGAUCUUAAUUUGACACAUGGAAGGGAAGGUGGCGCUGUGGGUUAAACCACAGAGCCUAGGGUUUGCCGGUUGGUGGUUCAAAUCCCUGUGACAGGGUGAGCUCCCGUUGCUCAGUCCCUGCUCCUGCCCACCUAGCAGUUCGAAAGCACGUCAAAGUGCAAGUAGAUAAAUAGGUACCGCUCCGGUGGGAAGGUAAACGGCGUUUCCGUGCGCUGCUCUGGUUCGCCAGAAGCAGUUUAGUCAUGCUGGCCACAUGACCCGGAAGCUGUACGCCGGCUCCCUCGGCCAAUAAAGUGAGAUGAGCGCUGCAACCCCAGAAUCGUCCGCGACUGGACCUAAUGGUCAGGGGUCCCUUUACCUUUAUACUUCAGAGAAGGAAGUAGCUUUUAUAAUUAAUAUGGUAGGUUACACUGUCCUAGGUGCACUAGAGGGCUCACUAUUUGUUUAUAAAAUAGGAGUUUGGAAACCAUAUGACUAUGUUGUAUACAUGCUUCUAAUUUUGGUAAUAGCUAUUUUCUCCAGCAGCUUGUAAUAAAAACUGAUGACUCGUUGGGGAAGCAGAUUUAAUACUUGGAAGUGGUUUAGUACAAGGCCCAUUUCAAUCUGGCUUCAAGCCUGGGUUAACUCAUUUGGUCACCCAGAUCAAGAGGCACAGGGGAUCUGGACCCUGUUAAUUUCCCCCAUUCUCUCAGCAGCUUUUAACACCAUCAGCCAUGUUACCUUCCUUGGUUAAGAUCUGAGGGUACAUUGUUAUGGGGAGGGACUUCACUUCAACCCCAUGGCAUUUGUGUGGUGGGAUCUUGCAGGGCUCCAUCCUGUCCUCCCUGCUUUGUAACAUCUAUAUGGAGGUGUUGGGUGUGGUCAUUAGGGUUUUGGGGCACAGUGUCAUGAGUUGACACCCAGCUCUGUGUCUCCCAUCUGGAUCAGGUGGUGCUAUGCAGGUUAAAUAUUAAAUACUGGUUCCCCACCAACACACACUUUUCUGCAAAGAUGACUGACAAAGCAAUGGCUUCUCAUGUUGCUGCACAGACCUAUGCUAAGCAGGCCCCAAGUUUAGAAUUAAAUUUUGCUAGAUAUAAUGAUACUGGGAAUAUUGUCACCUAAACAAGUUUCUUCUGCUUAAUAAAGAAAUGGCUGUAAUAUUUGGACAGUAAUACUGAAUCAGUUCCUAUCACUGAAAUAAUUUGCGAGGCCCCUAAGGCAUUUAUAAGGGGUACCCUUUUAAAUUGCUUAUCAGCAAAAAAAGGGACGAUAGAAAAGAGAAUAUCUUUUAGGGAAUAAUCUUACGGUACAUCUUAAGGAGGCAAAUAGAACUAUACAAUUUUGUAUAUUAAGGGUCAUUUCCCGGCUUGGGAAUCAUGAUCAAAAUUGCUUCCCUUCAGUACUCUGGGAUUUGAGUAUCAAAGUGGCAGGUGGAUUGUGUCCACUUUAGAUAUCAAUUUAGAUAUCAAUAUCCUAAUCUUUUUCUAAACUGUUUUAUAAAUGUUUCAUAUGCAGUCAAAUGCCAGAUUUGUGAAUGGAAGCAACUAUGACUGUGAUCCUCAAGCAGGUAGACACUUAACAUACAUAAAUAAUCUGUGAUUGUGUGAAAUAGGGAUCUUGUUUAGGGUUGAAACACUCAACUGUUGCAAAUGAUUUAUUUGAUUACAUUCCUGUAAAUAGGCAAAUACUGAGAAUAAGAGGUAGGGGAGACUUAAGUAGCUGUCACACAUCUCCCUAGAUUUUUUUUAAAGAAUUGUUAUUGUGCCAGUCAAUAUUCCUGUGGAGUUACUGGAACUGAGAAAGUGUGUUGAAAAGAUUAAUAAAUUGGCAGGGAUGGGGGAAGAUCUAGGCUAUCAUAAUGUUCCGGAAUUUAUUUAAAAAAAGGUUUAUUGUCUAAACUAACAGUUCAUUACUUGGCCCUAAACUGUGGCAGUUGCUGGUUGGUUUACAGUUCAACCAUCUGCAUGCUGGAAGCAACGAGAACAGGAUGUGACAGGCAUUUGUCUACAGUCAGUCUUUAGAAAUAAAAAGCCUACACGAAGAAAUGCGUAAAAAAAGAACCAUAGUCAGUUUAUUUACAUACCUUUCAUUUCCCACAGAUACAUAUCCCAUAGACAACCCAAUAGUCAUAUAAUCGUAGAAUUGUAGAGUUGGAAGGGACCCCAAGGAUCAUGUAGUCCACCCCCUGAAGUUCAGGAAUCUCAGCUACAGCAUCCAUGGCAGAUGGCCAUGCAACCAUUCGCAAAAGUUCAGUACUUUAAAAACCAUGAUUGUUGGCAUCCAUCUGUCUCAAAAGGCAAUGGAGUGCACUUCUGGGGGUGAAGGUCAAUUAAUAAUAGCCCAAAGUAAUUCCAAAGCUGAUGAUGUUAGUACAGUGGUACCUCAGGUUACAUACGCUUCAGGUUACAGAUUCCGCUAACCCAGAAAUAUUACCUCAGGUUAAGAACUUUGCUUCAGAAUGAGAACAGAAAUUGUGCAGCGCAGCGGCAGCAGGAGAGCCCAUUAGCUAAAGUGGUGCUUCAGGUUAAGAACAGUUUCAGGUUGAGAACGGACCUCCAGAACAAAUUAAGUUCUUAACCCGAGGUACCACUGUACCUAGCUGCCCCCACCCCCCAAAAAAACCUAGACUGAAAAAGUCAAAAUCCCUUUAUUAAGCCAAUUGUGUUAAGUUGGGGGGAAACUAAUGAGGAACUUACUACCAAAAAAAUUUAAAAUCCUUCAUCACUUUAAUCUUUUAUAACGGAAAAUCUAAUUUCAGUUUUAUGCUAAAUAUUCCAAUCUGCAGUUCUGAUAAGUUUUCCACAUGGUGCUGCUGUGCAUAGUACGAAAGGUUGUUUUUAAUUGCUUUUAAUGUAAAUCUCUUUGGAUCACUCUGUGAGUAAAGUGGAAGUUUUAUUCCAUCUAAUAGUGAACUUGGAAGCAAAACAAGGACAUCCAGAAACUAAUGUAGUGAUUGCUACAUUUCUCAAGGGACUCACUUGAUACACAGAAUUACCGUAUUUUUCGCUCUAUAAGACGCACCAGACCACAAGAUGCACCUAGUUUUUGGAGGAGGAAAACAAGGAAAAAAAUAUUCUGAAUCUCAGAAGCCAGAACAGCAAGAGGGAUCGCUGCGCAGUGAAAGCAGCAAUCCCUCUUGCUGUUCCGGCUUCUGGGAUAGCUGCGCAGCCUGCAUUCGCUCGAUAAGACGCACACACAUUUCCUCUUACUUUUUAGGAGGGAAAAAGUGAGUCUUAUAGAGCAAAAAUUACGGGUAUAUAGGUUUGUAAAUUUUAAAAAGAAAGUUGCUUUAAAAACACACAUUUAUUUUCUUUAAAAAAAUAGCUCUGUAAGUUUCCAGGUUCUACGGAAUGUUGAUGUCAUGCAGAUAAGAGAAACCUGGACUAAACUCAAUGUCAGGAGAGAGCACUCCUGCUUCACAUUCACUGCCAAAUAAGAAGAAUGGCUUGCAGUUCUACCUUUAGCUAGGGUGAGGAGAGGCUGCUUAAUCACAGCUGCGCUAAAAUCUGGAAUUGUUCACUCCCCCUUUGUAAGGAGUGGGGGAAAGGUCUAAAGAAGGGGUAGCUAAACCCCAGUUUGGGGAGCUGGUCUGCCCUUAUCCCUUCACAAUAUGGAGAAAGGACCUCCCCCAUCAGUGGCUGACACGUAGGUUUGGAAUUCUUUUCCAGACAUGCCAGCUUAAAUUAUUUGGAGUUUUGUUUCCUCAUAUGCAUUUUGGUAAUAGAAAGAGGGGAAGAAUGGUUGGAUAAUUUAGUUUAGCUCCCUGCCUCAAGGCUUUGGGAUGACAGAAGCUGUAAGUCUGAUAAAUAAUAAAUUCUGCUGGGAGGCAACAUUUUCCACUGAGUUACAGAACAAAGGUAUUUUAAGAAGCUGUGAAUAGGCUUGGAAAGCAAGAUGGUUGUAUUUUGAAUCAUGGUAUGAAAAAAAAUUACCAGUGAUUAAUUGUGUUAGACUCCUGAUGCUGGUUAUUUAUUUGGCAAAAUAAAUAAAUGAAAAUAUUCAGUGUAAUCCACACAGAAGCCAGAAAGAAACAAAUUUAUAUUUUGAGCCUAAAUUGUAUAUGGACAAAAUCUCUUUGGUUUCUAAACAUUCUGGACCUUGUAAGAUUUUAUAAACCCUGUGUUCCACAUGGAGCGUAGGAGAAGCAGCAAUUUAAGAUGUUAAAUUCAUAAACUCUUCAGUUUGAGCAGGGCCUGAACGUCUGCAUUAAAACCAAAACAGGAACAAAAGAAACCUUUGGGUUAUCUUAACUGUGCAUUAUAGAGAAAUCAAAGACUACUGAUCACCCUUGGGAAUAGAUUCAAAUCCUUACAUACAAAUAAUGUUACUAAUCCACAACCCAAAGUUGAUCUUAUUCCCUUUAUAGCCAGCGGGAACACGUUUGUUGACAUUGGUGGGGAGAAUGAAAUUGCCCUGAAGGGGCUGCAAUGGAUGGCUCAAAAUUAUCAGUGAAUUUGGAACAAAAGUCUGGUUCAUAUACUUUUGAUAACUGAACAAUGCUCAUUAUCUAUAGCAGUUUAUGUGUAAUUGAUGUUUCUCCCUCUCUCUUUGCAGUGUGCAGCUGUGUCUGAUGGAGGUAAGCAUUAAUAUGUGAAAAUAUUUGAUGUUUCUUAAUUUGGCACUGUGGCAUUGGAUGAUAAUUUUAGCAGCCUUAUUUUAUAAAAUUUGUAUACCACUUGAUUGUAAAACAGGAGUCAGCAAACUUUUUCAGCAGGGGGCCGGUCCACUGUCCCUCAGACCUUGUGGGGGGCCAGACUAUAUUUUGGAAAAAAAUAAAUAUGAAUGAAUUCCUAUGCCCCACAAAUAACCCAGAAAUGCAUUUUAAAUAAAAGGACACAUUCUACUCAUGUAAAAACACCAGGCAGUCCCCACAAAUAACCCAGAGAUGCAUUUUAAAUAAAAGGACACAUUCUACUCAUGUAAAAACACCAGGCAGUCCCCACAAAUAACCCAGAGAUGCAUUUUAAAUAAAAGGACACAUUCUACUCAUGUAAAAACACCAGGCAGUCCCCACAAAUAACCCAGAGAUGCAUUUUAAAUAAAAGGACACAUUCUACUCAUGUAAAAACACGCUGAUUCCCAGACCGUCCGCGGGCUGGAUUUAGAAGGCAAUUGGGCCAGAUCCGUCCCUCGGGCCUUAGGUUGUCUACCCAUGUUGUAAAACAACGACAACAACAAAAACUACCUUCAAACCGGCUAACAAAAUGAUAAAGAUAAAGGAAUAAAAUCAACAUAAUGGCUAUUCGUAUUUGUUUGGAAAAGAGACCUAAUAUUAAUGUCUCAGUGGACUUUAUUGAGUAUAAUGCUGAUCUGUGUUUGUUGUGGUUCACUAAGAAUGUCUACAUCCUCCAGCCCGGUCCAGGUUUGCCAGGAGCUCCCUUCAGGAGGGCGUGAUCCUGGAAAAUCUAGUUGUACAAUGGGCCAAUCUCAUAUCAAGGCAUCUGUUCUUCCUGAUUACUCAUCCAGAUGAUGCCCUGUCUUCUUGUUAAUCAUACCUAAAAUGCCCAAAUAGGAUUUGCAUUAAAGGCACUAUCAGUGCCUGGAGACUGACAGAGUAGCGCUCCUCCUGUAUUACUACUGCUGCUAAUACUAAUAAUUUAUAAAGCACCAUAAAGUUAAUAAACAAUACAGUCCCUGUCCACAUAGCCAGACUAUCUAACUGACUCAGUGCAAAAGGAGAAGAAAACAGGAAGAGAGAGACAGGUAUACUCAAGUUGCAAAAUUUAUACAUGCUGAAGCCUGUGAGGUGUACUCCGCCUUCCUUGAUAUGCCUUUAGUGAUUGUGAAGCUUAUUUACAAUUUUAUCAGUAUCUAAAUAUAGAAGAGCUGUUUCAUUGGCCUUUCUUAAUGUUUUACCUUCGUAGCUCGUAGAUAGGAAAUAUGCUAGAGAUCCUUUUAGAGAUAGAUGUUGGCAAUGAUCACUCACAUCUUCUUUUUCUGCAGUUACUAUCAGGAGUCCUCUCAUGCAGCUCUUUCCAGGCCGGUUUUUAGAGGCCCCCGCUGAGUGUUUUUCUUGGAGAGACUUUUAUCUGUAUCACUGAGAAGGGGGCAAAAAUUGUUGUUUCUCUUUCAAACCUGUUCUGGUUGCCAGUUAAUCUUAGUUCACCACUCUUUGUCACUGGUUUUACUGAGGCUGUGAUUUUGUAUUUUGGGUUAUUAGAUAAAGACAUCCUGCUAGCAGAACCAUGGCUAAACUUAGCAAAGGGAAGGGGGAGAGAAGGAAAGGAGUGUUCAAUGUUACCUGUCCCAGGCCUGGUUGAAAGUGAAAGGAGCCAUGUCCAUGCCACUAAACCGGGGGCAGCGCAUCCCGUUUCACCGCCUGAGGCAAAACGGAAACGUGCUGCUGAGUCCCUGCCCUGGGAAGUCAAAGAGGCAAUGUCCCGGCACCAGGAUCCCUGACUGAACUGAGUUUAAAAGAACAAAAGGGCAAGGAAUAGCAGGGAGACCAGGCUGGAGCAGCCUGAGUGUCCUGUGACGUAAUCUUCCUCCUGGAAACCAUGAAAUGGACCUUUAAGAAUGAGUAGAACAGUGGUCAAAGUGCAGGCGACAGAACACCCAGAACAAACCCAACCAUUUCUCUCCAUGCUCCCCUUGUAAUGGCUAGCAGGAAAAGUCUUUUGAGGAGCAUGGAGGUGUACGUUGUGUUUCAUUUCUUUGCUGUCCAAAUCAGCUGCCGUUACUUGCAAUGCCAGUACAAUGUGAAUAAUUCAUGUUCCUUCAGCGACAGCAGUUGAAGGCCCUUUCUUUAAAUUAUUUAUCCAGCUUUUUAUAAUGCUUUGUGCCAAGUAUAUUGAGGAUAUCUCUUGUGGCUAUAAGGGGAAAUAGACGUUCAAGUAAAAAAUGGGUAAUUUGUUGAAGAGUUGUUUGAAGAAGAUGUUGUAAUAUAGUGGGAGGUGUUGCAGAAGAACAAUGUUCCACACUGUUCAGAGAGCGUCUAUCAAGCGUGCUCUAGGGGAAUGGAUCUGUGUUAGGAAUGGAUACAGAAGGAUGGUUUUCAGUGAAUGGUUUCAAGGAUUUGGUUAAAUGGCACUACAGUGGCUCUUACCAGCUCUAUCCAGGUAAUACCUUCAGUGAUGCUGAUGAUCAUUUAGAAAUAUAGGCAUUCUGAAUAGGAUUGUGCUGUUUCACUGUAAAAAUGAUUGCAUGGGAAAUAUUUCUUUUGAAAGGGUGGUUCUUUGCUUAAAUAUUUUUGGCAUGAUUAUUAAACUAAAACUUAAAAAAAAACCUCUUACAAUCAGUAAUAUUGUUAGCGUUUUAUUUUAAAAGGUUCCAUUUUUGGUAGUAUUUUUAUGAAAGCAAGAAAUUGGUAAAUAGGAAAAUUAUUUGAAUUUGCCUUUCCAUUCAGUUACAAUUUCCCCACUUUGCAUUUUUAUUUGUAACAGUUGUGGAGAUGUUAUAACAAGGAGGACAACAAGAAAGAGAGGGUUUGUUUAUCAGUGUGCAUAAAAUUGCUAAUAACUUACCAGAAGGAUCUUUAAUUUCAUCUGCUGGAGUGGGAAUGCAAAGUAAAACUGUACGACUCCAACUGUUAAAGUCUUUAAUAGAGACCCUAUAUUAAUGCCUUUUGCUUGUCUAGAGGAUGUGGAGAUAGAGCUGUGGGUGUGGAAACUAGCCCACUGCAUUAGAAUACACCCACUGCUCCACCCACUUUCGCAUCUGGGCUUACCCACGGCUGGCAUGUUGCUCUUAGAAGGCUGCCCCAAGCAGAAUGCAGCCCUUGAGCUGAAAAGGGCUCCUCACCCCAGUAGAGGGCAACGUCCCCUUGCACCACCCCAUUCCCCCGUCCCCCUCUGAGUGCAAUUAUCGCUUUGUCCACAUGAUGUGACAGGUGGGUGGUUGACUUUUGUGUGUCUUCCAUAACUUCAUCCAGCCCUCCUUCUCUGUGUCUUGCAAGUUGUGUAUACUGCCCUUCACCAGUAGGCCACAGUAAAAUAGAAAACAAUACAGUGGUGCCUCGCAAGACGAAAAUAAUCCGUUCCGCGAGUCUCUGCGUCUAGCGGUUUUUUCGUCUUGCGAAGCAACCCUAUUAGCGGCUUAGCAGAUUAGCGCUAUUAGCGGUUUAGCGGUUUAGCGGCUAUUAAAGGCUUAGCGGCUUAGCGGCUAAAAGGCUAUUAGCGGCUUAGCGGCUUAGAAAAAGGGGGGAGCGAAAAAAAUCGCAAGACUCGCAAGACGUUUUCGUCUUGCGAAGCAAGCCCAUAGGGAAUUUCGUCUUGCGAAGCGCAUCGAAAAACGGAAAACCCUUUCGUCUAGCGGGUUUUUCGUCCUGCGAGGCAUUCGUCUUGCGGGGCACCACUGUACAAUAAAACAAUUCUAUAACUUUGACACACACAAAAACAAAAGAAAAAUGCAAUAAUAAAUUAUCUAUUAGUCCAGCAGUGAAUGUAGCUGCUGCACUAGCCCAAGCCAGGCAUAGGUUUUCAUAGCCAGGAAGACCCCUUGGACCUCCAGACGCUGGUUCAGCACUUUCAUUGCUUCUCCUGGUACCAGUAGGACGGUGAGAUAGGGCUGGGUUUCAUCAGCUUAGUGAUAGCCACAUGGUAGACACAAAGAUGUGCCUGAACCUAUGGUGAUCAUAUGCAUCCUGGGCUCUAAUCAAAUUGGAAAAAGUCUGCAUUACUUCACUGGAGGGGAGGGAUAGUCUGUUUUGUACAGGUUAUAAGUGAGAGAGGAGCUUGCGAGGUCCAAGUUCUGAUUCUGCAAGAUUCUGGUCUCCUGCUCAACAGUGAUGUCAGAACAAUAGUUUAAUACAGAAAUUGUAGCUGAAAUUUAUUUUCUGAAAAGUUUGCAUUUUUGUAAUUUGCUGAUAAAUUAAUUGGUUAUUUCUUCCCACAACAGAGCUAAAUAACACAGAUUUGAAAGAUUGUGUCAGUGAUAACAGCCUCAGCAGCAAUGCCAGCCUCCCCAGCGUCCAGAGCUGCCGGCGACAUCGGGAAAGAAGAGUUGCAAGUUGGGCGGUUUCAUUUGAGCGGCUUCUGCAGGACCCAGUUGGUGUAAGAUAUUUCUCUGUAAGUAAGGGACAAAAUGCUAACUUUUUUGGUAUUUAUAUUAACGUAAACAAAAAAUAUCCAACACAAAUUGUGCAUAAAUUUUAGCUUAUUUCAAAAAGAGAAUUAACUCCAAUGUAAAAUCUCCUGCAUUAAAUAUGCUCAUUUUUGUUGCAUUGGGCCCGUUUUAUGUUUCCAAAAGUCUAAACGAAGCCUGUCAAAAAUUCUUUCUACCAGGAUAAAAAUAGUGAUGUGCAAAUACCAGUUAAAUUAUAUUUGUACUAGAAAUUUCAAGCUUCCUCCAUGAACAUUAAAAAGAUUGCUUUUUCUAAAGACUUGCAUAUUAGCUUCUACUGUCACUUACACGCGACCAUGAGGGGGUGUCAUUUAUUUUUAUUUUUUAAUCCUCAGGAAAAGUGAUUAUUGCUUGAAAAGGGGUACAGCAUUCUUUAAAAUGAGUAUUGUGAGCAGUUUCUUGUAAUCAGCGGGGCUAAUUAAAGAGAUUGUUGGGCAAAUCUUAGAUUGAAUCCUAAUUCCAGCAAUGUGAAGUCUACAGAACCCAUGUGUGUAUCACAUGAAGGGGCUCCAUGAAUAGAACAUGAGUCGGGCUACACUGCUGGCCAUGCCCUCAACUUCACACGGCCGGACUCUCCCCAGCCGCCAACUUCCAUGCAUUGAUCACAAGCCUCCUGAAGAGGAACACCUAAGCAUAAGCAGCUAUGCUCAAUGCGCACAAGUUGUAGGCAGGGCUAGCCUGGCUGCUCAGUGUUGGAGGCAGAGUCAACAGGUCAGCCCCACACUUUGUUCAGUGAGUGAAGUGGGCUAUCAGUUAAUGGAAGUGUGAAGCCAUUUGAGUACAGGAAAUUAUUGUUUCAUUGAAAAACUAUCAUUGGACCAUGUCUGGUCCUUAUCUCCCAGACUCUAUGGAAAAGUUACUUAAAGGUAAAGAAAUUGAGACCUAACAGUCUCUGGAAUAUUGUAAUUACUUUUGAAUCAGGCCAUCUUUGAGUGACAGCUAAUCACUUUUCUUUUUCUAGGAAUUUUUACGGAAGGAAUUUAGUGAAGAAAAUAUUUUAUUCUGGCAGGCCUGUGAAUAUUUUAACCACAUAUCCGCUCAUGACAAAAAAGAGGUAGGACCAUGUGGCCAUGUAAGGCUUAUGUUAUAUAUGAACUACUAGUAACUUAGUGCUGUAUAAUUUUUUGGAGAAGGUCUUCAUGGUUUUAGCUUGAUUGGGGUAAGCCCUAAGGCUUCUCAGUUCAGGGUUCCUUUUCCUGAACCGAGGUGAAUGGCGUAUCAGGAGAAUACAACUGUAAAUGUUUGAGAUUCUAUGCAACAAUUCCCCCCUCCUUUGGGUGAGAUCCAUCCACCCUGCCCUUCUCUCAUGCUUAUGCCAUUGGUAAGGCUUCAGCAUACACUAGGCAUAUGUGGGAGCUGGGAAAUGCCUGGCCCAGUGGCCACAUAAGUACCACUGGCACUGGCUUUGCAAUAGAAGAGUGAAAGGCAGGACAAGUUUAAGCAAAAGGAUGUGGCAUUUAGUAUUGCCACAGUGCCCCUCUUUCAGAACAAACUAACCAAGCAGGUAGUUACUUUCCCCGGGGGUUACUUUUAUGCAGGUGUUACUUCCCUCGGGGAUUGCACGACCCCCAGAACUGUGCCUGCCACCUGAGAUGUUGUGAGAUAUCAGACAGCCCCACAAAAUCAUACAGGAGCUUCCCAGAGCCUGGAAGGCAAUGUGGAAAGAGCUCUGGGACUCUGGGAGGGUUGUGCAAGGACUCUGGAGGCUCUCUCUCAAGAGAUCACAAGGGCCUCCUAGACCCUGGUGAGGAAGGCUAUCCUGCUCCCUCAUUCAUUCGUUCACUAUUUUUCAGAACAGAACGUUAAGCUGUAAUCAAAUAUGUGAAAUAUGCAUAUUGCAGUCCAACUGAAGUCGAAAUAUGGAGUGAGCAGCAGAAGUCUGCCUGCCAACCCCAUUGCUGACACUUACACACUGAGUGGGGCUUACUUGCAAACAUUAUGGGCAAUGCUGAGAUGUCAGGGAGGGGUGGGGAGGUACACAGGUGUUGGGACUGGGGGUAGGGCCAGCAGGUGCAGUUCGACUGCCCCCUCAACACAUUGGCUGUAAACAUGGAGGGGGCUGUUGUGAAAAGGGGCACAACAAACGCUGCAAAGAGUUGCCUUCCCCUUCUGACACGGACCUGAUAUACAAGACACACACAGGUCCCUCUGCUGGAAAGCUAGUUAUCCGAAAUUUCAGUUACCCAAACACAAGGAAUUAAUGCCCCAACCUCUCUACACCAACGGCUGAUUCAGAGAUCCGAGCAGCUGGAGUUGGCCGACCUGUUUACUUGUUUGUGGCUUGCUGGUCAGCAGCAGUCAUUUUGGGCAGAAACCAGGGAAGGGAUGGAGGGAGGGAGGAGUGGAAAUUGAACAAAUCAGUUUUUCCUUCAUUUGGCUUUUGCUGAUUGGCUGAAGCUGUUUCAGGCAGAAUGCAUGGGGAGAGAAAGCAUGGAUUAGAAAUGUUUCCAUAGAAAAUAAUGGAAAUCAUUGACUUAUUAUGUGAAUUCUUGCCUAAUGAACAAUUUUAUGGGAACGAAUGAUUUCCUGAGAACAUACCAUGUUGAGAAAGUGGGGCCUGUGUGUACCUAAAAAGCCUAUUUUCUUGGUCACUUUGUUUUGGAAAACAGGCCUCAUGACAAACCUGUAGCGCAUAACUUUUUUUCAACCAGAACUAGUAGGUUUUCUUAGAUGAAAGAGAGUUCCUUUAUUAUAUGUAUAUUUAAUAUUUUAUUGAUUUGUUUAAAGAAAAGUGCAGACAUAACAAAAAGUUGGAAAAGAAAGAAUAAAAAAUGUAAACCAUGUAGCGUCACAGCCUGGAUGGACGAAAGUACAAAGAUCUAUUUGAUAACUAAACAAACUAUUACUCCAUCUUUCCAUCUGGCACUUUUGAAACUGUAUAUGGAAACAGAAUGGGUUUUGAAAAGCAAAGAGCUUAUCUGUCAUCAACAGCAGCCCAGGGCUCUGUUGCCAGAACCUAGAAGACCUUCAAUCUCAAGAAUUUGGAUUGCUUUUACUCUAGGGUUUGGCAACUUGCCCCCUUGAAAUGAUAUCUCAUAAGCUGGAAGUAUCUAAAAGGCAGAGCUUGAAUGACCUUUCCCUUUUUUUCCUUUUUUCUUUUUUGCUAUAUGGCAUGAUUUUAUUUCUUAAAUAAAUAUUGAGGCACACGGUCACUCAGUGUCACCAGUAUAUGCAAAUGUUUGGUUGAUCUAAAACAUUAUAGACCCUUUAUUCUCAAUAACCAUGGAACUCACAGGUGGAGAACACUUUUAUUCUUACAUAUCUUUAUUAUUUGUAAAGGGAAUCAAUGUAUGAGUUAAUACUUUAUUAUCUCUUUGGAGCUGUGUUGUGUCUUUGAGAGGUUUCUGUUCUCUGAGAGCUUAGCUGCUCUUCAUCUGGAGAGUCUCUUAGGCUCUGGUUCUAAGGUUUUAACCAUUUGGAUGUGAAGUCUAUCAGCCUUGGUCUGAGGAAAAAAUUGGACUCUCUGUUUGAAACUUUCUCUGGACAGGUAAAUUAUUUUCAGUUGGGGAAAGAUCUGGGGAAAGGUGAGGCAAGAAACUCACUUUAUACAUUUAAUUGAACAAUUCCAUGUUGAUAUUUUUCUGAUAUUUGGUAACUGUAAUAAUAGACAUUAGCACAUUAGAAGAAAAUUAAUAGAUAAUUUACUUUUUAAGAUUUUGGGGGAGAUCUAAGGGAAGUAAAAAGCACAAAAGAGCAGCUACAAAACAGAUGUUGUACUUUUUAAGCUGUAUUUUUAUAUUGGCUUUUAAUUUGUUUUGAUUGUAGAAUUUGUUUUGCAAGUCACCUUGAAUUAUGCAUUUAAUAAGUAAUAGCAAAUGCAAGGUAACUGCUGCAGACCAGACCACCGUCUGUGCCAGGGUUUCUCAUUGCCACUCUGCAGUCACACAAGGCUGCCCUAACACCCAGGGGGAGAGCCCUGGCAGGGUAUUCUGGGAGCCCUGUUGGAUUGUUAAAAAGUCUGAUGAGAGUAGUUUGUAGAUCCUGUAGCAAGGGCCAGACUCAAUGUGAUAUUAAAUUUGUGAAUUCUUGGAAGUGUCUAGUUUUUAUUUUAAAUAUGAGGUACUGGGCAAUGGGGUAGCUCUGUGGUCUAAACCACAGAGCCUAGGACUUGCCGAUCAGAAGGUCGGCAGUUCGAAUCCCCGCGACGGGGUGAGCUCCCAUUGUUCAGUCCCUGCUCCUGCCCACCUCGCAGUUCAAAAGCACUUCAAGUGCAAAUAGAUGAAUAGGUACCACUCCGGCGGGAAGGUAAACGGCAUUUCCGUGCACUGCUCUGGUUUCGUAAGAUGCGGCUUAGUCGUGCUGGCCUCAUGACCUGGAAGCUGUCUGCGGACGAACGCCGGGUCCCUCGGCCUAUAGAGCUAAGAUGAGUGUGCAACCCCAAAGUCAUUUGCGACUGGACCUAAUGGCCAGGGGUACCUUUACCUUUACCUUUUUACUGGGCAAUGAGGACUGGGGCUGGGGGCUGCAUGUAGGGAUUUUAAUCUUUCCCCCACAUCAUAGUUAUCAAUGAAAAUCCCCCCACCCAGGGAGAAAUUGCUGUUUCAGGUGGAUGCUAGUGGGGAGGGAUUAAGUAUUUUCUCCUUGUGUGCUGCAGUCCUGAUCCUGAUGCCCCCAAGCUGCUCUUAUUUAAAAGAAAAAAUGUUAGACAUGUUAAAUGCAUUCACACAUUUAACACCACAUCUUGUUUGACCCUGAUUCCUUAAUUACUUUGCAAGUUGUUUUGCUUCCAGGUCAAUAACAGGACUUGUGCUUUGUAGCUUUCUUUCAGAGCUCGGGAGAUCUUUAAUAAGUUUUUAUGUAGCAAAGCUACAACCCCGGUUAAUAUUGAUAGCCAAGCACAGUUGGCAGAUGAUGUUCUCAAUGCACCGCAUCCAGAUAUGUUCAAGGAUCAACAGCUUCAGGUGAUUUUUGAAAUGUUAGAAAGUAUGUUUUGGAGAGCUUAUAAGAGAGACUUUGCUCGUGAUGUAACACAGAAAAUGUUGGGCAUAGCUGUGGGUGGGUGAAAAUGUGCUUUCCACCCCCUGCUACUGGGUAAAGAUCGCUUCCCACAGCUUGCACGCCUCAGAUUAUGCACAUGCUUGUCUUCCUAGCCUGCUUUCGUCUUUAUCCCUCUUCACUCCUCUGCACCCCAAUAGCUUUGCAAGUUAUCCAGUUAAACAUUUAUUUGUUACCUUAAAUAAAACCAGAUUUUAUUUAACUUGAAAAACUGUUCUGAAAGGGGAGGGUGUUUGUGAUUGGUUGGCUUUUGUGAUAACCAGCAACACUGUUGUGAAAUGGAUGAGUGGCAGCUUUCACUCCCAAUCUCAGCGAUUAAGAGAAGGCUGUGCAUCUGACCAAAACGGAGUGAAUGCAGAACCAGAGCAGACUCACUGCGCAUGCAUUUAGAUGUACACGGUAUGGGUUUUUUCUCCAGUUCUAGGCUCGAUGCUUCUCUUCCACUCACACUCAGUCCCAUUCAUAAUUUCACGGAAUCAUAGAACAGUAGAGUUGGAAGGGACUCUGAGGGUCAUCUAGACCAACCCCCUGCAAUGCAGGAAUCUCAGCUAAAGCACACAUGACAGAUGGCCAUCCAGCCUCUGCUUAAAAACCUCCAAGGGAAAAGAAUCAGUGGCGUAGCGUGGGGGUGCAGGGGGGGCCGGCCGCACCGGGCGCAACAUCUGGGGGUUAGGGUUAGGGGGCGCAAAUCCACUGGUUAGGGGGCGCAAAUCUACUGGUUAGGGGGUGCAAAUCCACUGGUUAGGGGGCACAAAUCCAUGGGUUAGGGGGCGCAAAUUACUUGCCUUGCCCCGGGUGCUGACAACCCACGCUACGCCACUGAAAAGAAUACACCAGAGGUGCAAUAUCACAAAGCAGAAAUGAGCAAAAUUUCCAGAAGGUGCAGAGAGAAGUGAAUUAAUCAAAUUAUUUUCACAACAUUUUUUAGAUACUCUUCAUCAUAUUAGAUUUAAUGUAAUGUGAUGUACAACAUUAAACAUAAAUUGGUAAAACUUUCAAGUCUUUAGUUUUUCAGUUACCCAGAAUAAGAAAUCCCAGUUGUUCUGCAGUGUCUCCAACCAGCAUUUCCCCAAGAGAUACAGAUAUAUUGGACAGGUUGUUUUUUUAAUGCAGGGAAGGUAACAGAAUCUGCUCAUAUGCACCAAGGAUAUGAACUUCAGUUUUCCUGGGGCCAUGGAUCAGAUUCAGCCAAAAUGAAGCACUUUUUAAAAUUAAGCACUUUUAAGUAGUAAGCACGAUCUCUCUUCUUGAAAACACUGGAGUGUAAAAGUCAUUUACAUGGUAACAUUUAUGACAAUAGUCUUUUAUUUGCAGUUGUGCAGGAACUUGUUUUAUUUACAACAGUUCACGGAAAUUAGAUGUAGCUUCCAUUUUCUUCUUAAACUGCAAGCACUCUUAGGACAAAUUACUAUCAUUAUGCUAAGGUUUAGCAUUUUUAAAAAAAUGAUGCUUGCAAAAGCUUUAUUCAGUGUUGUUGUUUUUGAGAUGUUGAUGUGUUUGCUUCUCAGAUUUUCAACUUGAUGAAGUUUGACAGUUAUACACGUUUUCUGAAAUCUCCACUUUACCAAGACUGUAUUUUGGCAGAAGUAGAAGGUCGCCCUGUUCCUGAUCCACAGUACGCUCCCAGCAGCCCCACUUCUAAACACAGCUUUGGUUCUGAGAGAUCAACACCAAAAAAGGUUUCUGUCUCUUACAUGACCCAUCAUUUACAAUCAAGCGUUUUUUGUUUGUUGAUUUUCUGGAUGUAUAGGAAAAUGUAACCACUUUUGCUUAUAGUGCCCUAUGUUGACAUGAGGGUCUGGGUCAGAUGUAAUGAAUGUGCUAAAGUGAGCCUCAAGCUUUUAUUUUGCCACCUUUCUUCUAUUUUUUCUAGCACCAUAGCAAAAGAUCAGAAGCAUUCUGUUCCACAUUUAGAUGAGUUGCAGUUCCACAUGAUAUCUGUAUUGGUGCAAGAAUUUACAGAAUUUACAGAUUUGGGGUAACAGAGUUUGGGCUGCAAGGGCACCCAUAACUGCUACAGUUUGUGAAUGUUAGAAAACAAUAAAGGGGUAGGAUUUAGCUGAUUUUUGGAGUAUUGAAGGGAAGAAGUUAGGUCAGUGGAAAAUUACGGGCUAGGCUCCCUUUCCAGGCCAGGGUGUCACCUGGAUAGAAGCCAUUAAGAUGGCCCAGCAGGGGAAAUCCUUGUGUCUGUGCCAAUGGAGAUUACUACAGGAAAACUCACCUUUUAAAACUAGGCUUGAAAUAGCAGGGAGAAUGGGGAUGAGCAGACAGAAGAGGAGGAGUUGCUUGGAAGGAGUUUUUUGGGAAGGAGAAGCAGGAAGUGGAGAGUGCUCUCUUGUCACAUGCGAAGGGAAAGAUGAGAGAGCCCAAGGCUUGUUGGGGCAGUCACUUGUAUGAAAGGUUAGUUGUGAAUUGGGCGAUAAUAAUUAGCUAUAUCGGAAAGUAUAAGUGCUGCUCUGAUUAAAUUAGCACAACAUUUCCAUCUGUUUUUCUUUUUUAAAAAUUAUAUUAUGAUAGUUAAGUGGAAAAUCCAAGUCUGGGCGAUCUUUAAAUGAAGAAUCGGGAGAGGAAGACCUUGAAAGGAAAAAAAAAGGAACAUUUUUUUCGUGGUCUAGAAGCAAGAGUUUGGGGAGAUCUCAGAAGAAAAAGGAGAAUGGUGAUUAUCCCAAAGGUAAGUUUUAAUAUUAAAAUAAUGAUAUUAUUAAUGAUAUUAUCAUUAUGAUUACUAACGGUAUUAUUCGUCUGAAGUCUGAACAUCUCUACAAUAUAAGUCAUAGCCAUAUUUGAAGCUUCUUGUUCAGAGUUCCAUACUUUUGAUGGUCAUAGCAGCUUAAUUUGCAAACAUAGAAUUAUAGACACUGUUUAUAGUCUCAAGCAUGUUUAGUUGACUGCAGUGGACAGAGCAUUAUGUUUUUUUUUAUCUUAAAGCAUGAUUAGGAAGCUGUUUCCAUAAUUCUACACGUGACAUGUACUCAGCAUUUUAUUUGAAAAUUCUGCUCUGGUGAUUUAAAGUUGUCUAAUAAGAUUGUUACUAUAUGUUUAAAUUAAUUGCACUAUCCGUGUUUUUAAGAUUGCUGUACAGAUUCCUCUCAUGCCAAUGGAUUGUCCUACAGACAUGAAUCUCAAGACUCAUUGUCAUCAUCUGCAAGUCUUGAAAUGGUAAGGCUUGCAUGUGAGGACCAUAAAUAUGUCAGGGAGAGCAUGGGGGUAAAAACUUGAAUAACUGUACUCCCUAAGUUAAAACACCCGGAGAUGAGUCAGAAAAAUACUGCUUGGUAGGCAAAGGUCCAGCUGCCAGACAGAAAAUAGGAUGUGGUGUUUCAUUAUGUAAAAAUAAUGUGCGAAUUUUAAAGGAGAGAACAAAUUUUGCAUUUUAAAUAGUAUAGAUAAUCAAAAUGCAGCUACAUUCAAUAAUUUGCUACUAUAAUUGAAAAUAUGCGUGCAUGCGUGCGUGCGUGUGUAUAUAUACAUAUAUACGUAUAAAAUGAAAGGUGAAAGAUUUUUUUUUUUUUUAAGACAGCAAAUCACACUGAACACAGCCUGGCCAAAGUUAAACAUUUUGAAGGCCCUUUGAUAUCCAUGGCAUAUGCUUAACUCAUAAUUCAAUGGAGCUUGCUGCUUAUCUUUGAAAGGGUCAUUCGCAUUACUUUAAAAACGUUAUCAAGUAGGAACAUAAAGGUGUUUCACAUCCCCUGUUGCUUUAACUGGAGAUGCCAUGGAUUGAACCCAGAAUCUACUACAUGCAAAGCAGGCGACCUAUCACUAAACUAUGUAUUUUAUCUGAAGGAAGUAUGUUCUAGUGAGAAUUAUAUUGCAUACUGUAGUAAUUUGCAUUUAUAAGACAUUUUUUUCUAGCCUAGCACCCUAAACAUUUGUGUUUUGUAAUAAUAUUUUGCAUUUCAUGUGCUCUUUGAUGCUCAGGUAGUUUGAUAUUGAAUAUAUAGUUGGCUGACUAACAAUUUUAACAUUUUUAUACACAUUAUUAUAUGCUGAAGCAUAUGCAUUACUGCGCAUAUGUUUUCCUAAAAUAAAGAAUCAUAGAAACAUAGAAUAGAAUUGUAGAGUUGGAAGGGACUUCAAGGGUCAUCUAGUCCAACUCUCUACAAUUCAGGAAUCCCAAUUAAGCAUCCAUGACAGAUGGCCAUCCAACCUCUGCUUAAAAGCCUCUAAGGAAGGAAAGUCUACAAUCUCCCAAGGGAGUCCAUUCUACUGUCUAACAGUUCUUGCUGUCAGAAAGUUCUUCCUGAUGUUUAGUCAGAAUCUCCUUUCUUGUAACUUGAAGCCAUUGGUUCAAGUCUUACCCUCCAGAGCAAGAGAAAACAAGCUUGUUCCGUCUUGCUUGUAACAGGCUUUGAGAUACUUGAAGAUGGCUACCAUAUCUCCUCUCAGUCUCCUCUUCUCCAGGCUAAACAUACCCAGCUCCUUCAUCCGUUCCUCGUAAGGCUUGGUUUCCAGACCCUUGGUCAACUUGGUUGCCCACCUCUGCACGUAUUCCAGCUUGUCAACAUCCUUCUUAGAUCCUUCUUAAGAGCACAUAAACAUGCAACAAUACUAUACAUGCAAAAAUACUUAUAGAUAAAAAAUGUGUUGCAGAUAAGGCUUGACUCUUUCAUCCCUGCUAGCCCUCAUUAACAAGGAGAGUAUGUAGUGUAUAGAAUGGCAGCUUCCUAUAAGAGAAUAACAAUAUUUAAUUCUGCUUGCACAAUAAUUUAACAAAGGAAAGUUAAACAUCAAGUAUUUUUCUUUACAAAACAUACAUUGGUAUUUGGCUUGUUCUGCUGUUUUCCAAGUAGCCUUUCUUCUCUGCUUGUUAUUUUCAUUUCACGUUGAAUAUUAACCUGCGGUCUUGUCUCUUGAAAGUUUGACUCCUAUAGGGCAUCUGCAACUGAGAAAGAGAAGACUUCUAAAUGCUGCCAUAUAAACCUUCCAGAUGGCUCAUCAUAUACAAUGGCUGUUAAAGCUGGAUUCUCAAUCAAAGAAAUGUUAUCUGGAUUCUGUGAGAAACAAGGCAUUAACAUAGCUGCAGUAGAUUUGUUUCUAAUUGGUGGAGACAAGGUACUUAAUUUGGUAUUCUAAGCAUUGCCUGCAUGUUCACAGUCUAGCAGACAUUUUGUUUUAUUUAACAGGAUAUGUAUACCACUUAGUUAUCAAAACCUACAAGUUGUUUACAUAACAUAUGAAACAUACUUUUAUUAAAGUACUGAUAAAGUCAGAUGUUAAAAACAAGUUCACAGAAGAAAAAAAUAAAAUAUAAAUAAAUUCAACAGGUUUUAAACUAUACAUGAUAAAAUACAUAUUAAAAUACAUGUCAGAAAAUGUUUGAGUAGGAUUGCUUAAACAAAAGUUUUAGCUGACAGUAAAAACAAUACCAUGAAGGACAGGGGAUACCGAGUAUAGGUGCUGACACACCGAUGGAUCAGUUUCUUGCAUGUGAAGAACAAACAUUAUGUGGCACUUCUAAAAGUGCCAAUAUCACAGAUCAACAUGGUUGAAUGUGCUUAUAUGGGGAGAUGAGAGAAAAGGAAAAGGGAAUAGGGAGGGAAGAGGAAAGCCAGCAUUGGAGCAACUGAUUCUUCAUUGGCCAAUAGAAGAAUCCAGGUUCCUGGGAGGCAGGGUGUGUAGUCUCCCAGUAGACCUUGGUCUCAUGCCUCCCAUCAGCUCUGCAGUCACAGGGCGAUUGGCAGGUGGAGUAGUUAUGAAUUUCCAAAAUCCUUUGUCACUUUCUUUAUCUGCAUUUAUUUCUGAUAUUGCAUGACAUUGCUUUUAAUAAUAAUGUUAUGUACAUUAACACAAAAUGAGAACAUAAUUUCAAAAUAUGUUGCAUACAUACGCUCAUACUGUUCUUGUACAAUAUUUCCCAUAAUGAGUGGGAGAGGGAGGAAGAGGCAGUUUCUGCACUUGGUUCCUUAGGUGUUAGAAAGGUGUGGAGUUUGCAAUCCUCUUCCUCAGCUAUUCCCAACAAAGCAGGUAGGCAUGAGGAAUCACCUUGAAAUAUAUACAUAUAUAUAUAUUCCACAAAAUCUCAGAAAAGUCCUAAGUAGUAGUUUGCACCGUACUGAAAGUAAGGCUGUUUCCCGUUUUUGAUAGAUUAAUUUCCCCCCUAAAUACCAUUUCUAUUACCAUGUUCUUCUGUUCCUUCUAUGGUUGUAGCCACUUGUAUUGCAUCAGGACAGCAGCAUUCUGGAUUCUCGAGCUCUUCGUUUAGAAAAGAGAACUUUAUUUCGGUAAGGGAAAAACCUCCUUUUCCUGUGGCUUUUAAAGUUGAUAGCACAUUGUGUCCCAUUUCUCUGCCUGAGGCAAAACAGGAGCAUGAGAUCUCGUGAGAUACCACUGAAAUCUCACAAGAUCUUGUGUGCUCUGUGAGAUCUCACAAGAUUUCGGUGAGAGAUCUCACCGGAAACUGGCGCCACUGCCAGCGCUGCUUCUCCACCAGCGGCAGGGCAGGCAAGGCAGCAGAGUUCAUUUGGUUUUCAGCUUCUUCGACAGAAGCUACUCUGGAUGUUGUACCAGAACAGCACCUUUGGGGCAAUUGCUGCAGAGACAAUAAUGGCAGUCUUUCUCAAGAACACAAAGGGUGCAGUAGAUCUGUAAAACUGAUGUGAUCUGUAAAAGUGAAGCUACACUGAACAAAAUACAUUGUUCACAGCUUCUCAUGUAUUCAGAUACCCUAACAUGAUUGCAGACUUCUUAUAUGUUCUGAAUGGCUUUUAAUAGCAAAGACUUACUGAAUGUUUUCAUAUAUUUUAGGUUGGAUCUCAUUCCUAUCAAUAGAUCUGUUGGCUUAAAAGCUAAACCUACCAAACCAGUAACAGAAGUCCUUCGACCAGUGGUUGCAAAAUAUGGUUUAAAUCUUAAUAAUCUUGUGGCAAGGCUAGUAAGUAAUUUAUUAGAAUAUGUUUAAAAUCUUUAGCUUUGCUUAUCUGCAGAAGAAUAUACAGAUUUUUAUAGCAUAUUUGUAAAACCUUUAUAUAGGAAGCACCAUAUAUUGAAGUACAAAGAAUACAGUCAAUGUAUUUCAUUCCGGUUUGUUUGUUUUUUAGAAAAACAAAAUACCUAUUUGUCAGUUACUUUGAUCCCACUUAAUAUAGAAGAUUUUUAAGCUUAUUUGGGACACCAUUAUCCUUUACUUCUGAACUCUCUUUUUCUAUUACUGAUAUAUGUUUGAAGACUCUAGAUGCAUGUGUGCAUUUACUUUUGCGGUUAUCAAAUCCGAAAGAAUAGGAAGUAAAGGUAGAUAGCAAUAAUAUGUGCGUUAACACUAUUAUUCAUGUGAGACACCCUAUUAAAUACCUCUUCUCCUGAAACAUGAAUAGCUUUGUUUUAGGAUAUGAUCUCUUAUCUUCAGAUCUGUCUGAGUCCAAAAAAGGUAGGACGAUGGUCUUCACAGCCCAGUAAACUUGGGCUGAUCAGGAAUCUAUUGCCAUGAAACAUACUCUGUUGGAAAAAUUAAAGAUUUAUAGGGCAGCUAAUCUAACUGCACUUCCGGCAGCGUGGUUCAAACUUAAGAGGACAUACAAAUCUCUGAUAUAUUUUAAAAAGAAUCAGGUUCAAAGGGAAGCAUGGCAAUGCUUAAUAGAAGCCUCCUUGAGGAGAGAGUCACCCACCUUUUGGAGAGUAGUUGCAAAAGAAUGGUAAAGCACCCCAUCUGAAGUGGAAUAUGCUAUCCGACUGGGGUCUGGGAAACAAAUUUCCAUUCUCUAUAUCCAAGCAACCAACCAACCAUCACAAGCAGUGCUGGCCCAGAAUGGCCCUCAGUUACUAUAGAGCAGGGGUGCCCAAACUUUUUUCAAAGAGGGCCAGAUUUGAUGAAGUGAACGUGCGUGAGGGCCGACCAGAGUUGCUGAGCUUUUUUUAGGAUUUUACCCCAGGACAUAUACUGCCAUGGGGGGCUGGAUUAAAUCGGCUGGCAGGCCGGAUUCGACCCCCGAAAUAGACUUUGGACAUGCCUGCUAUAGAGGAAGUGUGUCAGUUUACUGUAAAUCUCAAACAAGGCAAAGUCCCAGGGGUAGAUAACAUUCCUUCUGAGCUAUUUAAAGCCAGUGUUGAAUAGUGGGCCCAACUGCUAGUCGCCUUGUUUACCAGCAUCGAUCAGUCAGCAAUUAUUCCUGACAAUUGGGGAUUAGCAAUUAUCAUACCACAAUAUAAGAAAGGGAAUAGAUCUGAACCAUCUAAUUAUAGACCGAUUAGUCUUUAAAGUAUAAUUAGUAAACUAGACGCUGCCCACCUCUGUAAUAAACUAGUGGAUUGGAUGAAUCAGGAAGACAUUCUAGCAGAGGCACAAGCAGGAUUUGGGGUGGAGCUGUCAACCAUAGAUCAAGGACUUGUGCUCCAACAUGAUAACAGAAUAAAUGAUGCUAGGAGGGAACUGCAGUCCAAGAAAGGAAAAGAACACCUAGGUAGUUUAAAUGAAUUCACAUCUCCAGGGCCUGAUGAGCUGCACCCAAAGGUACAAAAAGAGCUUGUGGGUGUGAUCUCUGAGCCUCUGUCUAUCAUCUUUGAGAAUUCCUGGAGAACAGGUGAGGUCCCUGCAGACUGGAGGAGGGCAAUUCAGAAAGGGAGGAAAAGACGACCUGAGUAACGUCUGACUGGUCAGCUUGACAUUGAUACCAGAAAAAGUCCUAGAACUGAUAAUUAAACGGUUGGUCUGUGAGCACUUAGAAAAGGAUACUGUGAUUAGUAAGACCCAGCACGGGUUUCCCAAAAACAAGUCAUGCCAGAUGAGUCUCCAGUGACACAGCUGGAUCUUGAAGCACCCCAGGCUGCGAACCUGAUCUUACCAAGCAGCUUCACCUCUUCACCAAGCAGAACCUUGGUAUAACUUGGUAUAACAUACAAAUCAGCUUAUUAAUAAUUUCAGAUUGCUUUGCCACCAUCCUACAGACUGACCUGUCCCAAAAACCAGUCGCCGUCACUGGAUUGCAUCUUCUCCCAAGUUGGGAUCCUUGUUGAUGGCUUUUUGGUUAUGUUUUAACUCAGAUAUUUCCCAGAGUAAAAAUCAUAGUAACUAUGACCUAGAUUUUUACUAUCAUCAUUAUUAUUAAAAAAGUUAUUACCUUCCCUUCACCAGCAGGUCCCAUGCCAAUUUAACAGUACAGCUAUUUUUUUCAAUUCUAUUUGAUAUAGUUGGUGGUCAAGUUGCUGAACUGUUCUAGCAAUUAAUAAAGUUUGCCGUGUAAGGAGAUAAUCCCCUAUAUUUUGCAUUUUCCCUGGGAUUGCCCAACUCAAGAGAAUGGGUUGGCACAGCAGCACAUAAAAUAUCAAAUUGACUACUCAUAAAAGAAUCUGUUCAAAGAGCCAAAGCUGGGAGGGCAUAACAAUUUUAUUCUGCUUUGGACAAGUCAGUAAUGUGUUGGACUCCUCGCCCAUUUCAAUUCUUACAAUUGUUUGAGUAAAACACACUAUCAGUCGUUACAUUGAAAUCACACAGAGCCCACUAAAAUACAUCCAAGCAGUAAUACUUCAGGAUGAUCAAAUAAAAUGUAAAAUAGCUAGCUAUUUUUACUUGAGGUGGAAUUGCUACUUAUAAUUAGCUACCCUCCUCCUCACACACCCCUUUGGCCUUUGGUUUCUAGAGGUUAAAUAGCUUGCUGGACCGCUCUCCUUAGAGCCACCAGGUGGACACAAUAACUUCUCACAGGGAGAUGCUCCAGCAGGUAAAUGAAGAUGGCUUCCCCAGUCUCUAGCUGAUAACUUAUGUAUAGCAAUUCUUUGUUAUAUAGUGAAUUUUUAAGGCAAGAACUUAAAAUUAGUUUGUUUUAUCAAAAUUUGACCACAGAAUGGUGAACAGGAACCAUUAGAUCUUGGUGUUCCCAUCUCUAAUCUUGAUGGACAACGGGUUAUUCUAGAUGAAAGGCAACCAAAAAAAGGAAAAGGUAAGCAGUUCUGAAAUGGUUAUUUCUGAUUUGUCUACUGCUUUCUUCACUUCACAUUCCUAGAAAUACAGCCUUGCCCACCCUUCAGCUGUUUUAGAACUAGUGCUUUUUUCUAGAAAAGUAGGUGCCGGUACUCACCUAUUUACAUUUAGGUGAGUACAGUAUUACAUUUAGUUGUUACAGUAAGUGUCACACUUUUUAUCCAAAUAAAGAAUAAAAAGUGCAGGAAUGUUUGAAACCUGCAAGCAGAAACCUGGAAUUUUAUUAGCACUGUAUCAGCGGGGUAUUUUAGAACUCUGGUUUUUGUAUUUGGCUGCUUUCUCUGUUCUGAACAGGGAUCCUUGCUUUCGGUGGCCGAAGAUUGGGUUAGGGAAUUGUAAGGUGGGAAAUCUGAACGCUACUAUAGUCAGUGUGUUGAGCAGAAAGUGGUAAGGCAGUGGGAGUGUUUCAGGUAAGGAAGUUCAGACAAGUGAGAGCUGUUCCUUUUCUCACAAUAUUCUGUAGUUUUUGGCAGUCAGCCCUGACAGUGAAGCAUCCGGUGCUGAUUGCUUGGUCAAUAAGACAUCAGGUACCCAGGGCUUGAUCCUGGAUGGGCAAUCCAAUAUGGUUUGUGUGAUAGAGACUUGCUGCCUAGAUGAGGUAGAAAGGAUUAAUCUGUCCCAUCUUUGUCUACCAGGUUUCCUAUUGCAGCAGCAAGCUAACAUUGGCAGGGAGAUGGAACUUUAGUAAUCUGCUGUGAAUCCACCUCUUUGUCUAGGCCCUUUCUGGCAAGCUCUGUUAAAAUAAAUAAAUCUUGGCAUCAGAUAGUAUCUCCCUGACCAAGCUUACAGAGCGGAUUUCAUUGACCAAGCCUGCAUGGGAACCAUGGGCCUGUCUAAAUACUGGGUCCCACCCAUAUUGUAGCAUAUAUGUAUAUACAGCAUAAGCAUAUGUGCAUGUAUAGAUUGGGGGAGUUUAGCAUAACUCCUUUGUCAUGAAUAUGGAUUUUCUGUAGCCUCUAUUUGCAGGGAGAGGGGUUGCUAUUAAAAUAGUCUACCCCUGGAGACGGAAGGAUCCAGAUGGAUUCCUGACAGUUCUGGAGGUAUUUCCUAGUGCCAGAAAUGGGUAAAUGAUCAAAAUAGUUGACAUUAUAAAGCUUUCUCCCACUCGUUAGAGGCAAUAGUUUCCUGUGGACCAGGGAGAAGGGAUGGUAGCUAGUGUGAUACUAGAAGAAGGCAUGCAACAAGUCUGAUGAAACUUGGGUUAGAGCCUAUUGCAUUGCAGUAAUAGUGGGAUAGUUUCAACUAAUAUACUUUUCCACCUUUAGAAAUGUAUUGUUAGCAACACUUUGAGUGAAGAUUAAUUGGGCAACAUUAAAAUCAAAGUUGUAAUUAAUUUUCUCCUCCUCCUCCGAUGGAAUUACUUAUAUUUAUGCACUCUUCAGGCAUGGACAUUAGUAUGUUUAUAGAUUUAAAUGCAUGCCUUUAAAAAAAUCUAAAUAAUGUAAGGCAGAGGUUUUCAAGCUUUUUGGGUCCAUGGCUCCCUUGACCAACUAUGUACAUUAUUUCUGUGGCACCCCAUGGGGCUCAGGAGCCCAGUUAUGUCACCCCUUGCCUGCAGAGCUGGCAGUCUCUCACCCUUUUUGAACACCCUCCCUUGUGGAGUGUUCCCUCAGCCUCCUCGCUCCUCUCCUCUCCUUGGGAGUCCUCUGGGCAGCCACUGCUGCCGCCCCUGGUCUCUGAGCUGGCCCCCCGCCCCAAAGACAAGUGUCUCCUUGCACUGCCCCACAGGGGCCUGAGAAGCACCCCUGUCCAGCCCCAGAGCCCUAUUCUCCUGAGAAGCUUGUAGCCAGGGCUGUUGCAACAAAUAGCUGUGCAAGCCUUUAGGAGGCAGAGAUGCAAGAGGGCAUCUGAGAAGGGAGAGAAGGAAAGAGGGACAGAGGCUAGUGUUGCCUGCAGCACCCCUGACCAUCAGUCAAGGCACCCCAGGUUGCCACGGCACACUGGUUGAAAACCACUGAUGUAAGGGAAUAUGCUAUCAUUUACAAGUAUUCCAAUAAAAAUAUUUCCAAGGGUGAUAUCCAACUAAGUCAUAGUAGACCCAUUGAAAUCAGUGGACUUCAAUUAUGUAAGGUCAGUGAUUUCAUUGAGCCUACUCUGAGUAUGCCUAGCAGUAGGUUUCACCCGAAGUAAAGCUAGAAUUGGCUUGAGUACAACAUUGCAUUUAAUCCACACUACAGUCACAUUACUGAAUGUUUUCCCUAAUAUUUCUAGUCACCCACCUUUGGCUGUGGGGAGAGCUUUGCAGAUAUUUAAAUUGCAUUUAAAAUUAACAUGAAAUGCUUUUUAGUUGUGUUUUGCUAAAUGUAUAUCAGAUAAAUGUGCUUAAUCAGAUCUCUAGGGUAGUGGAAACAUUUCCCCAAUACAAAAUUUCCCAUAAAACCCACAUCACUGUCUUCAUGUUUGCUCAGUGUAGAUCACUGGAGCUAUUCUGGGUAGGAAAGAGCCUAUUCUCUCUUGGUCUGAUGGGGAGGUAUUAUUGCUAACCUGCUGUAACCAAUUUGCACAACACUGCGCAGCUAAAAUUGCUGGUGUUCAUUCCUAUUUGGAGCACAGGUUAAUUGCUGAGUCUGUGGAUGUACCUGAUACAUCUGCUUUUUCUGUUUGUUACUGGUACAUUUCAGCUCGUGCAGCUUGAGAAAGUGAACAAGAUCCUUGGAGGUUUGUGUUUGACCAUUUACACUUCUGGUCCAUUCUUGGCUAAUUUUGGUGGAGAGGAAUGGCCAGAUGGAACAUUUAGUGCUUGAGAGUAAGGUUACAUUAACCUUGAAAGAACCAAUAAUAAGAUGCUAUAUCCCAUCAUCCUGGGUAACUGUAGACUUUUGGGCAAGGGGCUCAAGAUUAUACAGUUGUACCUUGGAAGUCGAACGGAAUCCGUUCCGGAAUUCUGUUCGACUUCCAAAACAUUUGGAAACCAAACAUUUUGCAGCCAGUUGGAAGCCAUGAAACCCGCAUCAGAUGUUUGGGUUCUAAAGAACAUUCACAAAGUGGAAGACUCACUUCCAGGUUUGCAGCGUUCGGGAGUCAAAACGUUUGAGUCACAAGGCAUUCGAUUUCCAAGACUGUAUGUUCUUUCUAGAUGCAGACCUGGUUUUGGUACUGAAACUGCCUUUGUUGCGCUAGUGGACAGCUUGUAUUAGGAAUCGGACAGGGGGAGUGUGUUCCUUUUAGUUUUGCUGGCCCUUUCAGCAGCUUUUGAUCUGAUAAACUAUGAAAUCCUUCUAGACUGCUUUGACAGAUUUGACUUGUGGGCACUGUUUGGUGUUGGUUCCAGUGCGAACUGGAGGGCAUAUCUCAGAAGGGACUUGCUCAUUUGAGUUCCAUCAUGUUCCCCAUGCUACGUGAAGCCACUUGGAGAGGCCUGCAUGACAUCUGUGAGAAACCACUGGGAGAAGUUGUCUGUAGUGUUGGAGAAUAGUGUCAUCAGUAUGCAGUUCACAUCCAGUUCUAUUUCUCUUUUCCAUCAGGCACUUGGGAGUCAAUUGAAACUCUAAACCAGUGUUUGGAGGCUGUGAUGUGAUAAGACUUAAUUCAGGCAAGACACAGGUGGUUUGGGUCAAUGGGAAAGCCAAUCUGAGAAUAGAUAUUCAGCCUGUUACAGAACAUAGUGCCCCCUCUGAAAGCUCAGGUUUAUAGUUUGGGCAUGCUACUGGACUCAGAUUGUGACUGUGGCUAAUAAGCUUUGGCUAGGGCACCAACUUUCUGGAGAAAGCCGAUCUGGCCACUAUUAUACAUUCUUUGGUUGCACUUUGCAAGGGAAAUCUACUUUGAAGAUUAUUAGUAAACAUCAGCGGGUUUACUGUGUUGUUGGUAGUCUGUUAACAGGACCCCUUAUUGGGAUCUUGGGACUCCAUUGCUGUGCAUUGACUCCCUGUAUGUUUUUGAGCCCAGUUCAAAUAGCUGGCUGUUACUUUGAAAUCCCUGAAUAGUGUGGGUGCAGGAUAUCUGAAGGAUCACCUACUCCCACCCUCAUGAUAGUAAGAUCUUAUGCUUUGGGUCUUUUCACCAUCUGAGCUGUACUUGGUGAGUACCUGGGACACGACUUUCCCCGUAGUAGUCCCUACCUCUGGCAUUCCCUCUCUCAGAUGAAUGUUUAGGCCCUUCCCUCCUAGUCAUCAAAAAGUUUGUUAAUGCUGCAUAGAUGUGCUUUUCAUGCUGUCUGAACACCAGUAUUUUGUUCCGUGUUGUUUGUUUAGAUGAUGUUGCUGAUUUUAGUUUGUUGUUUUAAAAUGUUCUAUUAUGUCUGUGAACAACAAUGGGGCUGUGAAACUGUCUGGAUGUGCAUUUUUCUCAGAAAGGGGAGGUUUAUUUGCACAGCUUGACAUAUCCCACUCCCUUCUAUGGCUUUUAGUCACAUUGGCUAGCUGUGCCCCUUUGAUAAUGAAUGUAUUAGCAACAUCCCCAAUUUCUACACAUUUUCAGCUGAUAUGUGGAGGGGCCAUAUGCAUUUAUCUAGGGAUAGAUGGAUCAGUCAGUUUUGUAAGUACAUUUUAAUGCAAUUUUGGCAUCUAUUUAUAGCUGAGAACUACAGUGCAAAAUCUGGGGAAUUGCAAAAGCCAAAUGAUAGCUGCAUUCCAAUCUUCGUAUUAGACGAGCCACUUCACUCAACAUACAGAUCACAUGAAAUCAUUGCAUCAAUAUGAAUGCAGAACCCCUUUACAUGCUGGUUGCACACACAGGGGAAGGAGCCCACACAGCCCCACAACACUCUUCACUUUGUCUUUCAAUGUGGGACCAAGUUUGUCUGAACCUUCCUCGGGGAUGUUUGUGAACAUUGGGCUGAAACUGGCAUCUUUCCUUCAGGUGCCUCCACUUUUCCACUGAGAGGUAGGGCUGAAAGCACCUAGUGCUCAGACAGAUUUAGGGUCCUAAACGUCUUCCUCAAACUCCCUUUGUACCCCGUAAAGGUAUAGGUAAAGAACCCCUGACAGUUAAGUCCAGUCGCAAACGGACUCUGGGGUUGUGGCGCUCAUCUUGUUUUACUGACCAAGGGAGCCGACGUUUGUCCACAGACAGUUUUUCCAUGUCAUGUGGCCAGCAUGGCUAAGCUGCUUCUGGCGAAACCAGAACAGCUCACGGAAACGCCAUUACCUUCCCGCCAGAGCGGUACCUAUUUAUCUACUUGCACUUUGACAUGCUUUCAAACUGCUAGGUUGGCAGGAGCUGGGACCAAGCAACGGGAGCUCACCCCGUCGCGGGGAUUUGAACCACCGACCUUCCAGUCGGCAAGCCCUAGGCUCAGUGGUUUAGACCACAACGCCACCCGCGUCCCUAUUUUGUACCCUGUAGGGAAAUCCAAAUCCUCUGUGGUAAGUGGUUGCCUACAUUAGAAAACCUAGAACUGAGUAGCUCAACAGACUGUUUCUGAAAAAGACUCUGGGUAGAAGAAGGAGACCAGUUCUACUUCUUUGGUUCCUGUUGCUUUGCUCCAUAAAUAAAAGUUUGGAAAGAGAACACUAGCUGGGUUGGAAAUAAAAUCAAAGUAUAUCUUACUGAAUAGGAACCAAAAUAAUAGAAGUUUGAAGUCUUGUAGCACCUCACAUAAAGGGAGGCAGCUAGCCAGCAAGCAAUCCAGGAUAGACAAGGUCCAGCACAAUUGUUAUACCCCAUCCUGGGACCCCAGUGAAGGGUGGGUAAGAAAUCAAAAUAAUAAUCAUAGUAAUUUCUGUCUUAGUUUAUGACACUCAUUCAAAUUGACCCAGGCCACUGAAAUAGCAGUCAUGAAAGUCAGUGGGGAUAUCCUCCAGAAAAUGGUAAAAUCCAGUAAACUUUUCUCUCCCCAAAUUCUUGGUCAUAAACUAGUAUGAUUUAAAUACGUUUGUUACAGGAAAAAAACCAGGUUUUGUAAUUAUUAUUUUUAAAAUCUCUAUCAUUCACAGACCAGGGAAAGGGGCCACCAUUAAAACACAGUACAGCUAUAACUCCUAAUGCAAGAUAUCAAGCACCUACAGUAAGUUUCUUGAAAUUAUUUGUCACUCCAAUUAUUCCCAGGUUUUGAUUUAUUUCCCAGAUUGGAAAUUGUGGGUGAAAAGAAUGUCCCAAAUGUUUAAUGGCAUUUGCUUAGUGUUUGUUUCGGCUGAUUAUGUCUUGCCUUUCACGUAUGUAAGGGCUUUGUUUUGUUGCUUUCACCAGUGCAUGCCCCUGUCUUCUGUUCUCUGACAUCUGUCCUUGAAGACCAAAACACAUGCUAUAUGCAGUUACAUGUACCUUCCCACAUUUUUUCCCAUGCAAAGCAUCUAAAGGGGGCUGCAAUUGUGAGUGAAACAUCACAAGGUGAUGAGAAUACUUAUCCCUGUCACCUUGAACUGUUUCCCCACUCAAAUCAUCCCUGGCUGCUCUUCCCCACAGAGAGCUGGAAAAUAACUACGAAAGAAAGGGUUAAAGCAACUCUCCUCCCACGCACCCCAACCAGUGCUCUGCUCAAAGUCACAGUCUCCACAGAUUUUCAUGGGGGCAAAGAGAGAUGUUGCUGGGUGAAAGUUACAUGCAACUAUAUAUAAUAAAAUGGAGUUUGGUCCAAAGACAGACAUAAACUCUACAGUUCAAAAUGAGCAUGUUGCUUUUUUUGUAUGUAGAUGUAAUUCUUUUUUCUCUUCUCUUUUUGUUUGUGGUUUACUGAAAAUGCUUGUACUAUGUUUAAUCACAACUCUGUGCACAAAAUAAUUGUUAUUUAUCAACAGUUUAUUGCAUCCGUUUUGUAGUAUUAUGUAAAAGUAAGUAGCCCUUUAACUUUCCUUCUAAUACAGGGAGAGGGAAGAACUCUAGGAAAGUCUAAUUCUAUUAAAAUAAAAGGAGAAAGUGGAAAAAGCUCUAGGGAUGUCCAUCUAGCAAACAGAGAAGAAUGUAUUGCACAGACGGGGAAUAAAAAAAGUCAGAAAAUUAAUUUGGACGAAGCAGAGGGUAUGUCACUUUUUUAGUAUAUGCAGUAGUAUUAGUUUUUAAACCAAACAUUUGUAAACAGUGGUAUUAGUUCAUUUUAUAAUUGAAGAAAACAGGUUGUAUUAUAAAUUUCAGCAGUGUGGUGAUGUUACUAAUAAAUUAAUCUAACCUACUCUAGAAUUACCUUUAAUUGUAGGCAAAGGCUUCUGGAAUGCAUGUGAAGGAAUGCGCUCUCAGCAGCCAAAUUGAAAACAGCAGUACUAACUAAAGGAGAACAUAGAAAUAGUGCCACCCACUCGCCCAGUAGUAUCUAUGGCAACAUUACCAGCGCUCACAAAUCACAGAACAGCAUGGCCACAAUGCCCCCACAUUAGCAGUGCAGGGGGCGGAGCAAAGGGAUGUGGGAACUUUCCAUGAGAUUACCCCACCCCAGCCUACACUCUUGUGAGAAGGGGUCUGAAUAAUAAACAUCCAGAGUUCCUGAGGGAAAGGAGCCACUUGCUGAUGGAGCAAAGCUGUAUUUAAAAAACCCACCAUCCUUUUGCCAGUGCUGCAGAUGGAGGAACCAGGACAAGCAACAAGCCAUGGUUGCAUAGAGCUCUGAGAUGGGAAAAGGUUUGGGGAGGUUUGAGUCCUGCUAUGUUUCACCAUUUGCAUGUCUUGUCAGCAGCCCGCAUAUCAGAGAGAAAAGAGGCAGCACACAGAACUGGCACAGCACAGAGCAGCUCUCUGGCCAUUUAGCCACGACAGGCAGAAGGACACAUCAUGAGGCAUUUGCCUUUCCACAGCCAGCAGUCCAUAGUCCCAGCCAUGCACACCAGGGGGCAGGUCUAGCCCAAGCGAACAGCACAGUAGAUGCCCAAUUCGGAUCCUAAAUGUGAUCUCCCACCGGAAGAGUGUAGAUCACCCCACACAGAGGCACAAUGAGAAUCAGUACAUAGGCUCUGAGAAUCAGAGGAGCGCUGCACCAGCCUGUUGUCAUUUGCCUGAUAGGCAGUGCUUGCAGGAUAGUGCCCUAACAAUAAUGGACAGGUUUUGAAAGGUAGACACAUAGUGGGGGUUGCCAACUUUCUUGCCCUGGCAGGAGUCACAUGCCUUUGAAAGUUCAAUGACAGACAGCAGUUUAACAGGCAUCAUUCACUCCAUGGCUUGUUCACCCUCCUUCACUGAUGCAACAGCAUCCUUGAAAUAGCUUGCAAAGAUGCAGGAUCCCAACUGGAACAUAAAGCUUAGCAACCACACAGAGGAACAGUAUUAUUUUUAAUUUUGUAAAAUUUGAGAGCUGGGAUAGUCUACAAAUAUUUUUUAAAUAAAUAAACAGCUAGAACCACAGUGGGAACCACACGUAGCAUUAGGAAUAAGAACCAUCCUUACUUCUGCAACUGUUGAACAUCUACCUGUUCAGAGCCAAGAGCAACACAGGAACAGUGAUGAGCAAUGGUCAGCAGCAGUAUCCACAUAGUCCCUGGACCGAGAUGCCCAUCUCUCAGCCUCCCGCACCCCUUAGGGGAGAGACUGUAGUAAAUGAGCCAAUAUUUAUCCCUUCCCAUAAGGAGUUGCAAUGAAACUCAUUACAGUGACUGCUUGUUCUGUUCUGUGUGGUUUAUUUGUGCUCCCGAAAAUGUUUGAUCAGCAUUCCACCAACAGAGCACUUACCUGCUUGUAGAAUGGCUGCCAGCUCUUCCUACCCUUUCUGCACAGUGCAUGCUUUACCCAGUGUGAAAGGCAGUGUUGAAGGAGGAAGGAAUGGCUAGUCAAUACAAUUUAGCCAGUACCCAGUGGACAGUACCAAAGGCAGAGGGAAGGACAUGGAAGGAAUUUGAAGCCUUCAUACUUGGAAGUACGGUAUCGUUUGCUUACCUGGGUGCCCUGCACUGCCCAUUCUGAAAAGAGAAAUGUUAGCAAUCUGUUCUUCCCAUAUAUAUUCUGCGGUGAAACCGUGCAAAGUGUUCCUUUUUGCGCAAAAUUUCUUUUCUGUAUAAUUGCCAUGUCACUAACUGAUCAAGAGCACUAAGCACCCACAAAAGACCUAAAGCCCCAUGCCAUGCCGUUUGAGUUACGGCACAUUGUCAGGGGUUUAAAUGCUGCUGUGAGUGUUCUGUAAUUGGGUUCACAUUUGUAAUCCACCAAGAAUGAGAUUGAACAUUAAAAGAACUGCACAUAAUUGUUUUUUGACUGACUAGUAUAAAAGUUGUAAAGCCCAACCUGAUCUAAACUAGCUUUUUUUCAUCCCCAGUUGUUUUUGGAAAUGGCUGGAAAGUAAUAGCCCCUUGACUCUGUAAUAUCUCUUGUGUGAACCUGGCCUGUUAACAUUAUCACAGUGUGGGUGCGUGUGGCUCUACUAUACCCACUUUGCUCCUCUCCUAGCAUGAACAGGCGCAACAAACCAAGGUUUCCUGUGUCAUCCAAACCAGAACUGUAGUUUGCUUUCCCUUAAAUGUACAAAAUAAUUAGCAAACCAAGAACAAACCUUGGAGUUAGGUUUCAAUCUAAGCCUAUUCCUCACUGAGAAAAUGUGAUGGUCGCAUAGACAUAGAGCAUUACAUUAUGCCAGUGUGUCCAACAUAACCCAGAUACCAGUGUGAUGUUACUGGCAAAGCAGACGUUUCAAAUCCUAAGGUCUCCUAGAUGAUGAAAACUGAGCAUAGAAUUCUGUGCUAAAAUAUAGUGACAUUUCAUCAUCUGCAACUAGGAAUAUUUCAGUUCCGUAAGGGCCCUCAUUAGUUGCCAGGCAGGACCCUACUUGUAGCCGGCUCAAGCAGACUAUGAACAAAGCUGUUUAUGCCCCAGUGUGCCUGGCAGGAAAGCCUGUUCCUGGUGGAAAUGGACAUAAUUAGCAUAGCAUUUCUGCUAGGUGUGUUGGCAUAUGUGGGCCCUGUUCCCUCCUUGGCAAUAACUACCCUCUGCUGAGGAGCUGGAUUCCUCACCUCUCAUUUCCCCUGCCCUAGGCAAUUGGGGCGAAGGCAGAGGAAGGUGGAGAAUGUGUCAGCAAAGAUGGCAGCACAUCCUUCAUGCCUCCGCAAGUGUUUUUAGCACAUGAGCUUGAUGUGCACACUGAAUGUUUCUCUCUCUUUUUUGCAUGCACUCACUUAAAGGAUCACACCUGCUUCAUGGUGACCCAAGGGGUGCUCACGCAUACCAUCUCCUACAUGCAAUAAAGAUGCCUGGUCCUGGCUUAAAAGUGCCUGGUUCUUUUUUGCAGCAGCAGUGGCAGCAGCAGCAUGCCUGGUGGGGCUAUGGGCGAUGCCUUAUGUACAUGCAACUGCUAGUCUGUGAAUGCCAGUUGCAUGAGGCAACAAUGGGCAGAUUCAGAGUUCUGCUUUUGGCAUGUGGAAGUGGUUUCUGGAUUCCAGAGAGUGCUGCUCAUUUGUGAAACGUGCCUGGGUCCUGGACAGAUGAGGCUAUAACUUUCUAUCCAUCUCCUACUGCAGUUAGAAUUGGUAUUCACAUGAAAUGCCUAUGUGUCACACUGUGCAUUUUUUUCCUUCACAUUUUUUCCCCUAUUUGUGUUCAGAUUCAGCAGGUGGAUAUGUUUUUCCCCCCUGUAACCAGUGGAGAAAAGCAAUCCUCAUUCUUUCUCAAUGUAUUUAAUACAAGCAGGGUGAAAUGGCAUCUUUCAUAUGAAAUAUUACAAGUGGCAGGUAUAAUAUGAAAAACUGGUACCAGAAAAAAAAAUGUGCUACUACAUGCACCUAUUAAAAUCAUCAGAGAUUUAGGAUUACUAUUGUCUUUUAAUGUUACUUGUAAACUUUAGUUUUAUUUAUAAUGUUAUAGGAGUUUCAGCUCAGAAAGUGGGCAGAUGUUUUAGAUUUUGUUGUUUUUUCAGUGUUGUUGGUAAAUGGUGGGUGAAUCAAAUGUGUCUAGUUAAGAAAAAAAAUGAUUGUGUGGUGUCAUGAAAUUUUGCGGUAUUGACUAAUGGGUCUAUUCUGGGUUUCUUGCAAUAGAGUUUUUUGAACUUAUAUCAAAAGUGCAAAGUAACAGAGCAGAUGACCAGCGAGGGCUGCUGAGAAAAGAAGACUUGGUUCUGCCCGAUUUUCUUCACUUGCCUUCCUGUGGGACUAGGCCUUCUUCAUCUACACCCGAAGGGUCUAAAGGCUGCAACAAGAGAAUUGCACAUCCUGAUGUCAAGGACAAAUGCAUACAGUUAAGUGGCAAAGUGGACGUCAUGAAAAACAGUAGUGAAAGCUCCGCAGUCAAAAUGGCUUAUUCUGGAAGCAAGCAAAAACCAGCUGUGCUGGCAACUUGCAGCAGCCAGAAGACUUGCAGUGUUCCUUUUGGUGCCCCACUGUCUCCGAUUCCGCUUUCGCAGGAUGCCACCAUAUGGAAAAGGCAAUCAAAAGAACUGCAGGCUGAAAGCAUACAAACUGUUGAGGAUGAGAACGUAGCAGACUUGACUCUGGUGGCUGAGGGAGACAUUAACAGCCCUAACAGUACAUUGCUGCCAUCUCCACCCUCUUCUUCAGACAAAAACACUCUUGCAGGAGCCAAGUAUCCACCUCCCGUGUCACUAACAGAUAAUCAGGAAAAAACUACCCAUGAGAAAUCCAAAUCAGGUAUUUCCAGAUUUUAAAUGUCUUUAAUAAGAAAUGAUUCCCCAUUACAUUUGUUUCAGCACUUGUUGCAUCUGUUUACAACAUGCAGAAAAGUGCAACUGAAGCCUGUCUUUAGGGCAUGUACAGACCGUAGUUCUGAGGGGUAGCACACAAUUUGGCCUCUGUGAUCCUUGUCUACAUCCCACUCUGGCCCCUCCUGCCUGUCCACACUGCGGACAGCUGCAAGUUCCAGACCAGCCAGCCUGAGCUACAGGCUGCUUUAAGUACACAAACUCCAAAUUGAGAACAGAUGUGGUAUCACUUGUUUGGCUGUGCACUCAUAAAAAGCCUCAACGACCAUUUUGCCUGUUGGAAAUAAAUACAUUUUUGUUUGGAAGAGCCUUGCAAAAUAUAGUUUUUCCAUUUAAACCUCCCAAGACACACUUUUCACGCAUAUGCAUGCAUUAUUUGCUGUCGUUUCCUCUUUGUGCUGUAUACCAUUAUAAAGACUUGAAGAGGAAAGGGAAAGCCCAGCCUGGUUCCCACAUUUCUGCUGGAAGUCCUGGGCACGUCCUCGCGAAGCACAUGCAGACAACUUUUUAUAGAUACUCAUCUCUAAAGACACAUGCAAAUACCAGAUGAGGAUCACAUGUAACAUGUUCCUCCUGGACCACCCUUGAGGUUGCUCAUGCCAGUGGUGGGCAGGGCCAGAGGCAAAGUGGGCAGAGCAGCUAGUGUAAAUUCUACCAAUAGGCUGAUUUUACACAUACACACAUCUCCACCCUCCAUCUAGGCAGCCAAGAAGCAUUAUCAGAAUUCAAGGACACAAGGCAGCCAGACAAGAACACUCAAAGAAGGUGCAAAGUGUAGGGCUGGGGAAGGGUGCGGAGGAGGGGGAGACUGGGGGUGGCCAGAAAGGGAGGCCUGGAUGGAUAUGUCUCCCCAUCCCAGAUAUAUAACACCUACCUCUGGGAGAAGAUCCAUCCCCCCCCCUCUCCAAAGAGUCCUCCCCAAAGAGUCCACCCCUCUGCACACUCUGAGCAGCAGGCAGAUAUCAGUAUGGGCUGCUGGAAGGCACAGAAAAUCAGUAAUUGCCAUAUGCCUGGUAAGAAUGUGGUGCUGGGCGGGGGAGACAGUAAUCUGCCUACACUGCUUCCUGCUGUCUCCAUUGCACAUGGGCCCAAGGGCUGGAUCACCACCUCUGAUGCAACUGACUGUAUUUAUCUUCAUAAAUCCAAUACCAAGUAGAAUCAUGACUUGUAGAAUGCAAACACAUUCGGUUUGACUGCUUAUUUCUUGUUUCUUACCUGUACUUAUUUAGUGAUUUUCACAUGCCUAAUUGUCACGUGCUAACAAAUGACAGCCAAACUCUUCUGUCCUGCUACUCUGAAAAAUCAGAAAAGGUUUAUGUCUUUCACAGUGUUUUUAUAUAUGCUACCAUAAAAAUGAUUGAAAUUAAACAUCAAAUGACCUUGUAAUUGGCUAUGUCCAAAUGAUAAUACAUGAAGUGUAUUUUGUGGCCUGGUUGUGUACAUUUGUGUAUAUCUAUAGUUAGAGCGUGUGUGUUUUAAAAGGGGAGUUUACAAGUUAGACUGUCUUAUUUUUAAACUGGAGUUCAUAUGUGAAUAUUUUCAAAUCUUCAAACUGACCUGUAUUUAGUGCAUGCCAUACCUUCCCGUGAGCUGCAGCUUUUGUUGUUUCUAUCUUCUUUUAUUCUGUAGCUGCCUUAAUGUAGUUUCUGCAUAUAUUUUGUAUCUGAGUUCCCACCACUACAAAGAGUAAUAAACUCUGUUCUUCGUUAAUUCAUUUUUUUCUUAUUCAAAAGUAUUUAAUGUGCAGAAGCAGAUCUAAAUGCAAUUGGGAGACAUACCGAAAAUCAGUGGGGAACUACCCUCUUCAAAGUAGCUUCUCAAUUUAUUUCCAUGGAGGCAAUGCAAUCUGAGCUCUCACAGAUAGCUUGACCAGGGCCCAUGUAUAUUGCAUUCUAUAGCAAGUCAUGAAAACCUCAUUAUCCGUUUAGUGCUUGCAAAUUUCUUUCCCCUUUUUAUCUCUUCUGUGAGACUCCUUUAAGUCUCUUGUACCAUUGACUCGUAUUAAACUCUUUUAUAAAACAUGCAAAAUUGUAUACUUGCAAAAUGUUGAAAGAAUUUGUUCUGUUAUAUUUGCAUUUAUAAAUGGUGUUGUCCAUGUCUCCCAACAUCCCUAUUUAUUUGCUUAUUUAAGCCUUUAUUUAUUUUGCCUUUCACAUACGGCAAGGCAGUAUACAAAACAUCUAUACUUUAAAGCACAAAUUAAACAAUAAAUUGUGAUUCAGGGCAAAUUAAAACAUAAUGUUAUGAUCCCAGCAAAAGCCUUGAGCAUAAGCAUAUUUUCAAGAGGUGCUAAAACACUUAGCUAAAGGGGGAGUUGGUGCUGCCACAGAGAAGGGCCUCCUAGAAUCAUAGAGUUGGAAGGGACCCCAAGGGUCAUCUAUUCCAACCCCCUGCAGUGCAGGCAUCUCAACUAGAUCAUGCAUAACAGUUGGACAUCCAACCUCUGCUUAAAAACCCCCAAGGAACGUCCUUCCACUGUCUAACGGCUCUGUUACUCUUUCUGGUUACUGCCAAAUAUACUUCUCCAAAGUACAGCACAACCAAGAGAAUCUCCCCAGCUGUUCACAAUGAAGGAUUGGGGUGGUAUGAGAGAAAGCACUUAUUAAAGCUCCUUACUAACAGGCAGACUGCCUUGGCAUACACGUUAGGUAAAGGUACUCCUGACCGUUAGGUCCAGUCGUGGAUGACUCUGGGGUUGCGGCUCUCAUCUCGCUAUCUUGGCCGAGGGAGCCGGUGUACAGCUUCCGGGUCAUGUGGCCAGCAUGACUAAGCCGCUUCUGGGGAACCAGAGCAGCGCACGGAAACGCCGUUUACCUUCCUACCAGAGCGGUACCUAUUUAUCUACUUGCACUUUGACGUGCUUUCGAACUGCUAGGUGGGCAGGAGUAGGGACCGAACAACGGGAGCUCACCCCGUUGCAGGGAUUCGAACCGCCAACCUGAUUGGCAAGCCCUAGGCUCUGUGGUUUACUUUACUUUAUAACAGGGGCAGGGGAGUCUGUGGCCCCCCAGGUAUUGGACUCCAGCUCAAAUUGUCCUGAAACUGCUCUUGAAAAGAUUUCUACUGCGGGCACUUUCACACUAGUACCUCUGAUAUCUCUGUUAGAUGACUGUAUAGAUGACUUGCAGUUGUUGUUGCUUUAUCAUGUGCCAGUAGUUCCCAUUCUUGAAGUAUAAUGCCACACGGCUUCAUUGUUGCUCUCAGAUUGCCCUUUUAUUUCUUUGUUCUGGAAACCUUUUUUUUAUCAAGCCUCUAUAAAAGAGAUGCUUGUGGAGGUGGUCGUGAAACAUUUGGGUAGUAUGACCUGACUAACAGCAGAGGCUUCAUAACUAUGCCAUCUGCACUUGACAGCUUGGCUGUUCUAUAUUCAGUUUCAACUUUUGAUUCACAAGGCAAAAGUGUGAAUUUGUUCACCACCUGGUAGAAGUAGCUUCAAAUAAUUUCUGCUGGGACAUAUAUCUAUCUGGAAGGUGGCUGAGAUAAAACUGGGGCAGAAUUAUAUAAUGCCCCCACCUUGGCUGGUUCUACCAAAGUGAAAGAAUUGAGGACAUUGGUUUAUCUGAAAAUAAGAACCCCAUUAAGAGAUCCUAUAUUUCAAUCUGUUAUAAAUGAGGAAGAUCAAAGGCCCCGUUUUGGGGGGGGGGGUUGCUGAGAGAUUUCUCCAGUCCCUAUAAAAAAGGUAAAGGACCCCUGACAGUUAAGUCCAGUUGCAAACGACUCUGGGGUUGCGGCGCUCAUCCCGCUUUACAGGCCGAGGGAACUGGCGUUUGUCCACUCUGCAGACAGUUUUUCCAGGUCAUGUGGCCAGCAGGACUAAGCCGCUUCUGGCAAAACCAGAGCAGUGCACAGAAAUGCCAUUUACUUUCCCACCGGAGCAGUACCUAUUUAUCUACUUGCACGUUGACGUGCUUUUGAACUGCUAGGUUGGCAGGAGCUGGGACUGAGCAACGGGAGCUCACCCCGUCGCAGGGAUUCGAACCACCGACCUUCUGAUCGGCAAGCCCUAGGCUCUGUGGUUUAGACCACAGCGCCCCCUGUGGGUCUGGGGAAUUAGAGGAAACAAGUUGUCCUGAUCCAUUCCAGAUCUAAUCACUCUGGUAAACAGGCUACAACAGGAGACAAACAAGGGGAAUGUGAUCCUUUUAGCUUUUCUGGAUCUCUCUAAAAACCAGAAACCUUUGAAGCAAUACUCACACUCUGGGCCUGGGGAAAAUGGGUGUAACAAUGGCCUCCAGGAGCAGGUCGUGUCCAUCUCUGAAUCUGCCACAAUUGUGGCAGUAUUUCUUGAUCUAGAUUUAAUAACUGACGCAAAAGGUUUAGCUGACCUAAUUUUUUAUUCACUUGUCCUUGAAGUGGGUGGAUGAAGUACAGGAUGACCCUCAGUCCUCUUUGAACAGGAACAGCUGAGUAUGGGACUGGCCCAGAGCAGCAAAAUUCAGUCUGAGAAGCUGCAGCAGCAUCUGUCUGCAGGAUGAAGAGUCAGAUGGUACAGGACAGAUGCCCACCUGACAGCCAGAUCUGAAUUUGUUCAGGCAGAUACUCAGAGCAGAUACUAUAGUGAGCAUGAAUAAAAAACAAAGCAGAAAACAAUGGAAAGGCAAAUCCUACUAGUCGCCCCCCUCCCCCCCUCCUGAACUUUAGCCAAUGCAUCUUCAUCUUCUUUGCAGUCUCCAGUGGGCUGAUGCUGCCAAGAAACAUGCAAAUUCUUCUCCCCUUUUUCCUUCCCAAUGAUAGUCCCUCAAAGCAAGCUAGGAGGGGAGAGAGUGAGAGAUUGAAAAGGGUUCAGGAUUACAAGAGUUAGGCUUGAUUCACUUGGGAGGGGGGUGUUGUGUUUUACCGGUACGAUAAUCUUUAUUGUCAUUAUCCUAUAUAGAACAACAAAAUUGAAAAAAAUCUACAGCAGACAUUAAAAAACCAACAAGCCUGCUAUCCCAGCCUGGUUAGCCCCUUAAAAACUCUGAUACCCCACAAUUGAAUACAAUAUACUCCCAUAGAGACUACCUUACACUGCGUUUAAAACCAAAAUCGCAUUUGGAUAGAAACUGUUUCUCAGGCGGCUAGUCCUAGUCUUUAUAACCCUGUACCUUCUUCCAGAAGGCAGAAGCUGAAAGAGAUCAUUUCCGGGGUGCGCACUAUCCUGUGCUAUCUCUGCAGUUUUCUUAUGGCACUUGGAAGCAUAGAUUUGAUCCAAGGUGGGAAGGGUGCACCCAAUUAUUCUCUCUGCAGUCUUUACAACCCUGGACAGCAUUGUUUUUUCCCUGGCCGUGCAGCUCCCAAACCACACACAGAGACCAUAAGUUAAUACACUCUCCACGGUACAAUGGUAAACUGCCAUCAGAAGGUCCUUUGAGAGAUUAUUUUUCCAGAGGAUUCUCAGAAAAUAUAACCUCUGCUGUGCUCUCUUCAUCAGGUCUUUGCUGUUUUCUCCCCAGGUUAGGUCAUCUCUCAACUCCAUUCCCAGAAAUCAAAACACCGAGACCUGUUCCACACACUUUCUUGCUUUCUCAUGAUGCACAUGAUGUUCAUCCCACUUGUGUUGAUACUGCUAGUUCUGGCCCUUUAUUCCAGGCUUUCUCAGGGCAGAUUUGUGCCAAGUUUUAAAGUUACUGUGUUUUCCUCCUGCCUAUCAUCUCAUGAGCACCAGCUGCACAGUCUUGAUAUCAGCAAGAGUGGCUUCCUUCCUGCAAAACCUAUUUGGCACUUUUUUCUAAACCUUCCUCCUCUGCCUCAUCCUUGGCCUUACAGUGAAUCUGUGGGAAGAACGUUUUAGCCUCCAUUUCACUGAUAUGUGGUCAUAGUAAUCCUUAUUUUUAGAUGCUGCUUCUCAGUGUUCACCUGCACAUCUGCACAGCUCUAAGUAUGUUUUCCAAUAAAUAAUGCUUCUAUCUGUGUGUUCCCUGAACAGCUACAGGGACAGGCUGAGAUUCUCCUGCCUGGGAUGACAAAGGAAAUAAUAAUGAAGCAUAAGCAUGCAGGGAGAGAAGCAGGAAGAGGGGCAACUGGCAGUAGAACACACAAUGGGAGGUGGAAGAUCAUCAAUGGCAGGGGUAUUUUAAUUUCUUUUAUUUCUAUCUCUGCACCUCCUUUGCUCCCCAAAGAGCUCUGGUUGACAAACAGAAAAGGGGUAAAAGAAUACAUGUUUAAAAAAUGAAAAAGUAUUUAAAAUAUAUACAAAACAAUUACAAACAUCUAAAAACAUUAAACGCAUUUAAAGAAACAUUUCAAAACAGUCACAUACUCUCACAGCCUAAUAAUUCCAAGGUUGCUGGGUUCUGUAUCUUUCAGCCAUCAGACUCCUGGCCUGGGUGAACAGGGACUUUUUAAAAUGCCUCUUGAAUAUUGAUAAUGAGAAAGAUAGAAACAACUCCCCAGGAAGGGCAAUUCCACAAAUGGGGAGCCACCACUGAGAAUAUCCUGUCACAAGUUAGCACCCAGCAAUUGCAGCCACAACGAGGGAUUUCUGAAGUUCGGCACAUCAGUGAGUUAUUUUCUGAUUUAAAUCAACCUGUGUAAUGUGUCUGAGGAAAAGGCAAUGAGGCUGAAAUGGCCUCAGGGUCUCACUGCCACAGAAGCCUGCCUUGCACUUCAUCCACAGAAAUAGGAAGUCUUCACACAGAGGGGCUUAGCUUGGAAUGCCUAUUCCAGCAAUGGCAGAUGCCCACUGCGUCAGGUAGGGCUACUAGGAGAGGAGGUCACAGGGAUGCAUGGCGAAGUUAUUCUGGUUUCCUCCCGAUCCUCCUCUCUUGCAAAGAUAAUGUGGACACUUAAGAGUUGCAGUUUUACAAAUACCUAGCACCCAACUGAACUGAUAAAGUAUCUUACCUUGGUUCUGAAGGAGUCUCUUUUGUCACAGUGGCUUCUCUGAUGGGAAAAACUGUAUGCCUCCUCCAUUAUGCCUCCUCCACCUGUUCUUGUUUUCUCCCUGUCCUCCUUUGCAAAAAAUCAGUGGGCACUUCUAACUCUGCAGUUGUGCAAAUACUUAACAACUUAACUAAAUAAAUGAGUGUCGUACCUUGGAUAAUAAGCUGCAAUAAAGGCUACCCGUGUGGCCUCCACCUCUCCUUAGAGCCACCCUGAUCCUCUCCCCCUGGUCUCUCUUUAUCUUCUUCCCUUGCAAAGAAACCAAGCACCUGUGAACACUGCAGCAGUACAAGUAUCUAAGAAAACAAGAAAAUUAUACUGUGGUUCAGAAGAGGUUGAUGUAGAUGGUUGUAUUUAUUUGCUGAGAGAAGAUUACCUGUGUCACCUCCACCUCCUCUUGCAGCCACCCCAGUCCUCUGCUCCUGCUUCUUAUUUCUCUCUUCACCAUCUUCUCCUGCAAAGACCAGGGUGCUAUGUGAUUAAAUAGGGUAUUACUUUGGUUCUGUAGAGAACUGCGCAGUCAGCUCAGGGCUGUUGAAGCAGCAAGGCAUGGGGUCCAAGCUGUGGGAGUUGGGAGUUGUGUUCCAUCUUUGCAUCUGUAAAUGCACGGGUGAUUCCUCCACAUCCCAAGAAAAUCAGACCUACACAGUCCUUUCAAGCCGCAUGACACUGAGAGGUGGAUGUUAAGAAGCUUUUCCCCACAAGGUGUCUCCGGGUCUUCUUUUCAUAUCUUCUUGUGCAGAAAGUUCAUCCAAUUAUCUUUCACAUUGGCAAAAAGUUUAUUGAGCCUACUGUUGAAGUCUGGAAUUCCUGGAUCAUCCAUUUCUCAAUGGACAUGCAUAAAGGAGGGAGGACUGACAGAGCAAGUCGGUAAAGAGCCCCUCUAGGAAUGCUUCAUUUGUGAGUGUUGCACCUGGAAAGUUCAGGGGCUUUCAUGCCUGUUCAGGCUGAAGAAUUGACAUUUUGAUUUUCUAUUUAUAGAAAAUAAUUAAUUGAGGUUGCAAUCCUGUACACACUUAAGUGGGAGUAAGUCUUGUUAAACUCAACGCAGCUUACUUCUAAGUAAAUGUGCAUUAUUAUUAUUAUUAAUUAUUAUUAUUAUUAUUUCUAUACCACCCUCCAUCUGAGAAUCACAAGGUAGUUUACAAUAUAUGGAUUGUAUAGGAUUGCACUGUUAGGUCCUAACCAGCAAGGAAGACUGAUGAAGCUGUUAGCAAGAGAGAAAAUGAGGAUGAAUUUACAAAUUUAGGGGGAGGGAAUCAUUUCAGAAUACUGCAGGUAGGAUUAUCACAUGUUUGAAUGUAGAAAGCUCUCUCCAGAGAGGCUCACCUGGUGCCAUCAUUACAUGCCUUUAAGCACUGGGAAAAAUAUUCCUCUUUACCCAGGUCUUUGGCCAAUAAAUAUUCUAUAGCUUGUUAAAGCUGUAGGUGGGGUAGGGGGGCAACUGUUACUAAGAUUAAUUUAUUAUUAUGCUGUCUGUUAUUAUACUUUUUAUUAUUAUUAUUAUUUUAUUGAUGCUGCAUAAAAUGUGGUCUUAAUAUUGUACACUGCCUUGGGAUCUUUCGAUAAAGGGUGAUAUUAAAAAAUCAAAUAAAGAACAACAACAAUAACAAAUGGCUGAAAUAGCAGAGCAACUUUAAAAAGGCAGUGGUGUAAGAGGGGGAAAAAAAUUCUGGCCAAAGCUAAGAUUUUGGUGCUGGAAAAGUGUAAGAUUCAUUGGCAGGAAAGCCUCUGUAAAGCAGCAAAACAAAAAAGGCCCAUUCCUUUUUAGCCAUGCUGCUCACUUCUGAAAGUGGCAGUUCACAUGCGGCAUUCAGUGAAUGUACAGUCUGUGUUGACAACAGGUGAGCUGCACAAAUCAACACAUAACGUUUGCACAUCACCCAAUUUAUUGGAAAUAGCAUGGCUACAAUUGUAAAUUGCCUGGAAGUAAUUGCCCCCACUUCUGACUGCAUAUAUUCCAGCUUAUACAAAAGGUCUUAGAAUCAUAGAAUCCUAGAGUUGGAAGAGACCACAAGGGCCAUCGAGUCCAACCCCCUGCCAAGCAGGAAACACCAUCAGAGCACUCCUGACAUAUGGUUGUCAAGCCUCUGCUUAAAGACCUCCAAAGAAGGAGACUCCACCACACUCCUUGGCAGCAAAUUCCACUGUCGAACAGCUCUUACUGUCAGGAAGUUCUUCCUAAUGUUUAGGUGGAAUCUUCUUUCUUGUAGUUUGGAUCCAUUGCUCCGUGUCCGCUUCUCUGGAGCAGCAGAAAACAACCUUUCUCCCUCCUCUAUGUGACAUCCUUUUAUAUAUUUGAACAUGGCUAUCAUAUCACCCCUUAACCUCCUCUUCUCCAGGCUAAACAUGCCCAGCUCUCUUAGCCGUUCCUCAUAAGGCAUCGUUUCCAGGCCUUUGACCAUUUUGGUUGCCCUCCUCUUCAGUCAAGUGAUACACAACCUUUAGCUAGGGAAGGCAGAGAAAUUCAAUUAGCCUCACAUUCAAAGGCAAACCUACCUGAUCAGCAUUUUCCAGAACAAUGCACAACACAAAACACUGCCGCCCUUCAAAAUGGGCACUUCUCUGAAUUUUGCAGUGCAUUUCCCCAGCCAAGUAAUGUGCACAAAAAUUAAGAAAUCAGGGUAAAGUUUGCAUUUAUUAGUGGAAAUGGCAUACAAAAAUGCAUUAUAUAAGGAAAAAUUGAUUUGAAAAAUGUGUAUAUAGGCAAAACUGAAUAUAUGAAGACAAAUUUUCACUAUAACACUGCUAGAUUUUAAUGAUGAUUAUUUUUUUUUACAAAAACAGAUAAAUCACAAACUGAUACGACAAUGUAAAGUGGGAAAAUUAGAAAGAAACUGAAAGUGACCUAUUUGAUUAUGCCUUUCUUUAGCUCUUCAUUAGAAAAGCAAAUAAUCUUGGAAAGAAGGGUUACCAUUUAAGCUGCUCAUGUAAACGACGAACCCCAUCAAAGAAGAGGAAAUCUAACCUCUGCUUGGUUAUUUCCCUCAUUCUCCAAUUUAUGCUAAUCUGUCAUAAACAAAUUUGAAGGCUUCAUCAUCACCUCACUCAUUUGCCGCAGCAAGGAGAAUCCAAUAAUUUCUCUGGUGUACCAGCAGAUGAUAGCGUUGGUCCUGCUCAGAAACGUCCUAGAACUGUGCUCUUCCUCUGUUACACCACUGGAUGACUUGGAAGAGGGGAAAAUAAUCAGCCAUCAGCCUAGUAAAGGAUGAGGGAAUGUAAGCCUUGUGGUUGCUUGCGUGCCUAUCUCAUAAUUGAAGACUAACUGGCUUAGGGGUGUAUGAUGGGCCUCCCCACAGCCUGCCUGGGUGUGGGGGCCAUGGGGAGCCAGGAACAGAACUAGAGGUUGCUCUGUGGCUGAGGUUGUCUGACAGGGCAUGAAGAAAGGAAGAACUGCCAUGACUGGUGGAUGGAGCUUUACAUAUUUAAAUAUUGUAAUGUUUAAAUAUGAGGAGCUUGCUGCAGUUCCUUUGCUAACCAAUAAAUUUGUGGCCUGGUAUUCAUCCAACAUCUUAUCUUUUCCUGACUUUUGUGUGCAAUAAACUUUCAAAAUACAACUUCCCUUGCCCAUGCUAAGUCAAAACUAGCUCUGAGAUCUGUCAGUCAUAGCCCCAUCUCUUCUUUUUAACAAAUUUGUAUUUUACACAUUGCAAACAAAUGGAAAUACAGUAACCAUUAUCCAUUGCCUCCAGACAUAUACUUACACAUUCAGCAAUCAAACCUAUUACUUAACGUAACCCCUCCACUGAGAAUAUUCAGCAGUUGGUAUAAGAAGUUCUUGAUUGUUGUCAUUAGCAUAGUUAAAGAAAGGGGUCCAUGUUUGUGGAAGGGUGUCUCUAUUCGUUAUGCCUUUAAUUGCCUCCUGUGUCUGGUAAGACUCUCAGGCAUUGCUGUAUCCCAGAUAUUAUUUUCCCAUAUGCAAGGCCAUAGCUACGGGGGGCUAGCCAGGCUCCCUCUCAGGUGAAACCUCCAGAGGGGCAACAUUGAGGCUCCCUGCCUGUGUGUGUGUAUAUGCAAAUAUGUGGGGUGAAAUCAAGGCUAGUUUCACCCCUGCCAUGUGUUCAGGGGUAUUUCAGUCUGGUUCUUCCAUUGCUGAGCUAUCGCUAAUCGUGCUGCGGUCAGUAAGAAACCUACUAGUUUGCUGUGGCACAGCGUGGAGCCUAAGUCUGUGUUCAAAGACAGUAGGGCUAAGGCAGGACAGAUCCUGAAGCUGAGGCUCCAAUACUUUGGCCACCUCAUGAGAAGAGAAGAUUCCCUGGAAAAGACCCUGAUGUUGGGAAAGAUGGAGGGCACAAGGAGAAGGGGACGACAGAGGACGAGAUGGUUGGACAGUGUUCUCGAAGCUGCCAGCAUGAGUUUGACCAAACUGCGGGAGGCAGUGGAAGACAGGAGUGCCUGGCAUGCUCUGGUCCAGGGGGUCACAAAGAGUCGGACAUGACUAAACAACGAAAAAGGCAGGAUUUGGAGAAAGGGGUUGGCCUGUAAUUGGGGUAUAAUGGAGAAUAAAAAGGUAAAGGUAAAGGGACGCCUGACCAUUAGGUCCAGUCGUGGCCGACUCUGGGGUUGCGGCGCUCAUCUCGCUUUAUUGGCCGAGGGAGCUGGCGAACAGCUUCUGGGUCAUGUGCCCAGCAUGACUAAGCCGCUUCUGGCGAACCAGAGCAGCGCACGGAAACACUGUUUACCUUCCCACCGGAGCGGUACCUAUUUAUCUACUUGCACUUUGACAUGCUUUCAAACUGCUAGGUUGGCAGGAGCAGGGACUGAGCAACGGGAGCUCACCCCGUGGCGGGGAUUUGAACCGCCGACCUUCUGAUUGGCAAGCCCUAGGCUCUGUGGUUUAACCCACAGCGCCACCAGCGUCCCUCAUAAUGGAGAAUACUCUAUUCCAAAAGUUUUUAACUUGGAGGCAUUCCCACGCAGCUUUUCCCACCCCCUUCCAACAUAAAGAGAAAAGGGAAGGGGUUAUUUCCCCCCAGCCUGAUUGUACCUGUGCCAUCCUGUAAGCAAGCGGAGGAGUAGCCUCAUCUCUUAUGUGCUUAUUUUGCAUUAUAUGGGGAAAGCACUCCCAGACAAAAAUGGAGGGCUUGGGACAUGAGUCCCCAAGGCUAACACUGUGCAUAUCCUGCAAAAGAACAAUUCCUUACCAGCUGUAGAUGCAGAAGUAAUUUAAAAGUCAAGUCAUAAGAGGCAUAAAAACAUUAAGUAACUGCAAGUCAUACAGUGUUCAGUGGGAUCUACUCCCAUGUAAGCAUGCAAAUGGUUCCAUAUGUUACUUACGGAAGGAAUUGUGGGCCCUUUCUGGCUUAAAUUUAUCCUGAAACUAAGCUGCUAAUACUGAGCAGCCUUCUUGACAGGGUGACUUGGCUUUUAAAAGUCCGUAUGUGUCGGUUAAUGUUGUAUUUGGUAGAAAGGAAAAAUGUAGAUAUGAUAAAAUAAAAAAGGAGAAUUCCCUGGAUGACUAGAUCCAGGUUUGGGGCAAGUAUUCUUUGGUGAGAGAGCCCCAGCAGAGAUUUAAAAUCAGAAAACACUAUGGUCUUAACCCCUCCAUGCAAUAAUUAGAGUUAAGCAUGUUGGUUAUAUGAGGCUGGAUAUAUCCCACAUUUUGUUAAUUGCCUUCACUCUCAGAAAUCUUCAAUGAUACGUAAGGAACUGGAAUGGUGAUUUGAUUACCAAAGAUCUUAUACUGUAUUAUUUGCUUUUAUGGCUAUGUUUGAUUAUUCUAAUCACAUGUUUUCGAACGAAAUCCUGGCCUACUGUGAUUCUAUUAUUUGAAAGUUUGUAAAUAAUGCAUUUAUAUUUUUAUCAAUUUUUGUACAUAUUCAUUACUUUUUCUGCUGUGACAGAUGUGCAAAGCAAUGUACAAAUUUACAAUUAAAAUCACAAAGUUAGUUCUACAGACUCAGCUCAAGAUAUAUAAAAUUUUAGUAUUUUGCACCACAAAAAUAGGAUAGCAAAAUAUCCAAGCUGUUGAAACGUGAUAGACUGUAAAAUUUGACUUGUGUAAAGCAAAGCAUAAUAAAUAUUAUCCCCUUUUUUGUCUCUUUCUUUCCCUUUUUUUUCUAGGUGUGAGCCACAGAAAGAAAAAUGAUGUGCAAGUAGCUGGAGGAAACCUUUAUGAACAAAGUUCUAAAAAAACUAGUCAUGACUUUAUCGCUGCUGAAUUUAGUGGGGAAAUGUUCAGAAAUGAACUCCCUGUAAGUUGUGUAAUAGAUGUGGAUAGAGUUGCUCCAGAAGAUGGUCUGGCCUGGUCUUGUAGUGAAUCCGAAGGGAACCUCAGUUUUGAAGGCUGCAUUGCAGAGUUAAAAUCUUGCCGAGGGAGGAUGCGAACAGGUGUCUACAGGACAUCAGAUCUUCCAUCUUUUAUUGCUGCUAAGAGCGAGAAAAAUAAGGACGAGGAGUGUAAAGCAACAUUUGUAUGA